CCGCGGCUCUUCAAACACCCAGUCUCCGGAUAGUCUCUCACCUGACCAGUUUCGCCAGCGUGUCCACUCGUGCAUGUCGUCAGUGCGUACUCGCGUGUGCGUCCGAUAGGUAUACAAACAUUGUAAAAUCGUCUAGAUUGAUUUCGAUUUUAUUUUUAUUUUUUUUUUCACGAAAACACGACGUCGUUUUGUUUACACGUAUAUUAUUACAUUUUAUUUAUUUCGUUUGUUCGGUUUUCUUCACCCUUCCCCAUCCACCGUUCGCGUAUCAUUAUAUUUUGUUUACACCAGUCGUAGUUGUUGGCAGUCGGCACCGUUUCAUCGUAACAUACAAUAACACACGCGGGUAUAGAUAACACGCAGCAAAUCUCUCGCGCGGUUAUGUGCGCAAAAUGAACAGAUACUACGAGGCGUACCCGAAGACCGGUGCAGGAGGAACCAUGUUGACUCUGCCACCGCCGCCUUUGGCCGACCCUUCGGCCACUUGGAACUCGUACAGCUCGGAACCGGUAAAGGCGCUGCAGGGCAACCGGAUCAAGCCGGACCGGAACCGGCACGCCGUCAACGUGCAGAAAAUGCAGUGGCGUAACUCCAACUGGGUGGACGGAUUUCCGGAGCUGGUCAGCUCGAUGACCAUCGCGGACGUGAGUCCCAGGUUCGCCGUCAAGCGCAUACUGCUGCUGUACGAGAAUGCCCAGUACCGGGAGGCCGCAAAUUUUGUCAACCGGCUCAGUCAUAACACAUUCAAGGCGAUCCUCGACCAGCUGCCCAUAGACCUGUUCGUCGACGCCAUGCCGCACAGCCUAUCCAUACUGGAGGCGCUGUACGCCAAAGUGUUCUUGUCUUCGGACUGCGGCGUCAAGGUGCUCAGGCCCGACCACGUACUCAUGCAGCUGGUAAAACUAUUCACCGGCACCACGGGCGGCACCGACCGAUGGCUGGGCAGCACACGAAAACUGUUAAAGGUGAUCGUGUUGUCUGAACCUAAGUUGCGGAAGGCGUUGCAAGUGCGCCGUCGAUCGCUGGACAAGGCGGUCGAGGGUCUCGGCCAGCACGGACUGGUGGGCACAAGCGACGAGACGCUCACUAACUUGCACGACGCGCUCAAGGUGGAAUUCCAAAAGCUCGUGGACACGUACAAGGCGGCCCUGCUCAAGCUGGAGGAGCUCAGCUUGUCCGGCAAACGGGACGGCGUGAGCAAAGGUCCGGCCCCGGUACAGGCGUCCCACCAGCGGCAGCUGUCGCUACAGCAGACCGAUAUCCAAGAACGGUUGAUCAAGAACAAGACGCUGCUGAACGUCGUGGAGCCCGUGCUGGAGAACAAGUCGAUGGCUAUACUGUUGACCAUCCUGAAGCGGCGUGUCGAGUACGACAAGGACGCGCUUUUCCAGUUUACACAGCUCCGGAAGGAACUGAAAGUGGAAUCGGAACACGUGGUGGCGCCUUUGCUCAUGCGGUAUUCGCACGCGUGCGAACAGGUAAGAAUUUUCCGCCGCGCAUUUGGAGGCGAAAACGGACGGGUUUUAAAAUUUUUUUAUCCAACGUUACCGAAAUAAAGUCGCCGGAAAAGUAGACGAUUCCCGGUCCGCGGAUCCUUCGGCCGCGCGAUGACGCCCGGGCGCCGUGACGGCCCGGGGGUCAUGCGCCGAGCGUAUACCUAUGUGUAAGAUUCGCAGAAAUGUCGUACGUGACGAGAUCAAUGACCGUCGGUGGACAAGUCGCACACUGUCCGCGUAGCGCUGCUACCAUUAUCUGGGGAACUGGUCGCACACACACACACACACACACACACACACAUCCGUUUUUCUCACAUAUUCAUAUUUUUUUCCAUUAUGUUCGCGUUUUAAACGCUAACGCGCUGUGUGAACGAACUGACAUCCGUGAUAAUAUAAUUUUUGUAAACAGUAACUGUAAAACCGAGCGCAUUAUUCAUGAUAAUAUCGUGUUAUACACGAACACGCGAGAAACGAGCAUUAUAAACCCAAGGGCACCGUAAAAUUGUUUCCAUUUUGAACCGCUGCAUGCGUUAUUAUAACGCGGUAGAUAUUUAUAGAUUAGUAGGAGCCCAAGUGGAAAUCGUCUAACAAGACGGAUAAAACAGACAGAAAUGUCGAGUGGUCGUAACGAGUCGGGCGUUAGGCGGUUACUCGGGUGUACGCACGGUGUGUAGAAGAAACCCGGGUUACGAGGCAGACCAGUGAAAAGGGUCGCUAUAUUAAAUUACGUGACGAUAAGGGGCGGUGAGUGGACGAGACGAGCGUAAGAGUAUAGCCGUUAUUACAGGGCAGCGAGGUGUAGCGACUGCAAAUUAUUAAUAUAACUACGCUACCCUACGGUUAAAAAAAAAAAAAGCCGAUUUCCUUCUGAUUCUCAUCCACCGAUUUAUAUGAAGUGAAGUACGCUUCAUAAAAUCAUAAAUUAAUUGUUAUUCAAUUUCUAUAAGAUGCUUGCUAGUCGCUUAACCGUGAUUUUACUUCAAAUGACGCCUAUGCAUAAAUUGAGUAUACAUUAUAAAUGUGUAACUAUUAGACAGUAUUUAGACAUUGUUGACAUUAUCCGACACGGUACGGUUUUAUGGCAUCGUUUGUAUGGUACCGGAUAAACGAGUUGAAUAGGAUUCUGUUCCGCGAAGUUUAUAGAUCAACUGUAAUAUUAUUUCUAUCGCGUUUGGAGAUUAUAUUUCGUUUGACGGCCCGCCAUAUUCAAUAAUAUUCAAGAAAUCGAAAGAGACGCGUAUAAUAUUAAAUCGGUCGAUUUGUUUUUCUCGCGUCCGCGUUAUAACCGAGGAAAACCGGUGAACAAUUAGAAAUCAAAAUUCGUUGAACAUUUGCAUUCAUUAGGUUGAUCCGUGAAAAACUUGACUAUGAAAUUUAAUAUGUGUACUCAUUAUUUUUAGGCGAUGAAAAAAAAUAACUUCGUAAAACUAUCGACUCGAUAAAUCGCCCCACUUCCCGUGCCGAAAAUAGUUUUGAAACACGAAAAACCGACUGAUUGAAACGAAAACUGUAUUCGAAUCAAUUUCGGUUUAAAACAGUGUAGAAAAGUGCGUGUAGAGUCAGACUUGCCGUUGUCGGUCGCGGUCAUAAUAUGUAAGCCGGACGACCUUUUUGUCGAAUCCUAUCGUGCCGUGCCGUACAAGCGUGAAUCGGACUCGAUAGUGGACAUUUAAAAUUCCGUAUGCGAGUCUCCGUGAACAGUCACACAGGCAACCUCAUUAUGUCGGCCUCCGUUCGAAAUUUCGUUGUUUGGAUAGCCCACAUUAGACUACGUUUGGCUCGAGACUUGCACGCAAACGAACAAUAACGUUUCGUCUGAUGUUAUUAUUAUCAUUAGAUAAUAUAAUUGUCUCGAAUAAUGCGGACGUUUUGAAGGCGGUAAAACUAGAUUAGCAUUUUAGCAAAGACCGAUUGCGCAACACAGCGAGUGGGACGGGUUUUAUUGUGUAUCCCACGCGCUGUCCCGAAAUCGUCUCGGUUCUACGUUUCAAACCGAAAGUUGGCAAUUGAAUGGAAACAAUACAAUAAUUAACGUGUUAUGUUGUUAAAUUUACCAAAAAAAAAAAAAGGCUCAUACUGCGGAUGGGUGUGCUUUUGUUUUAGUUACGAAGUCGGAAGGGAGGAUACAUAAAUUAAUUUAUGUCAGUAAGCAACGAAAAACGAUUCUCAGGAGAGUAUUAUUUCCCAUGUUGUCAAGAAAUCAACAAAAUGUACGCACGUAAUUGCCAGUUUUUCUCAUUUAUUAAGAAAAUUACGAGGAAAAACAAAAAAAAAUUACCUCUUAAACGCAUCAACUGGAUAAACAAUUAUUCGAAAUCUUCGUGUGCGUUGAUAAUACGUUCGCCUACUUAUAGAUAAUCGCCGAUUCGUGAUGAAAAUAAAUUGAAAUUCAUGAAAUCUUCUCUUUUUCCUUUCAGCGUUAUAGACCAUUUAAUGACCGUACACUUCUUUCGAUUUUGUCCCUUACCAACUUCUUGAAUAGUUUCUUACGCCCAAGCUUUUCAAAUCCUUCUCAGUUUAUAUGUCCAGUUACCGUUGUUUCUAGGUCUCCCUAGGUGCCUCUUUUUUCGGCGUUUCCCAUUUAAAGCGUAUUUUUCGCUAUUGAGUUGCAAUCUCAUUACACGCAGAGGCUUAAUCUGCAGCUCAAUCUCUCAUCCCCGAACAUAGGAAUUAUAUUAAUUGUUUCUUUUUCUUUAUAAAAAAAAAAAAAAAAAAACGGCCAUACAUUUCGUAUUGUUUGUUCUAAUCUCGUAUAUUAUCCGUGUUUCAUCGUUGUUAUUCUCUCGUUUCAGACGAAUAUCACAUUGUAAUCACUCUGUAUUACGUAAUAAAGUAUUGUUACGAAUUCUCGUAGUCAUAUUGUACACGCACACACACACACACACACACGCACUAUAAAAUAUAUACUAUUAUUGCAAUGGACGCCGUUCAUCUUUCGUUGUCGGACUGCAGAUCGGAUCGUAUUUUCGAUCGUAUACACACACACACACACACACACACACAUACACAGUGAUGUAUAAUAUUAUUGUAUUUCGAUCCGUAUAACGCGUACGAAACCGAUACGGGCGCGAGUUCAGACCGAAAAAUACGAUUUCGGACGUUUGAAUAUGAGAUCGUUAGAUAUAGGUAUUAUAGCGAGGUAUAUAUUAUUAUACGCGCGAUAUUGUAGCAGCAUGUCUGUCGAACCCGUUUCCAAUAGAGCGUGUAUAAUAUAUAUAUAUAUAUAUAUAUAUAUAUAUAUAUAUAGAUGUACAAUGCAUUAUUUUUACGAUACAAUAAAUAAACACAUUAAUAAAUAAUGAUAAAAAAAUAAAUAAUAUAACAGUCAUGUGGUUUAAUGAACUUUCCGGACCGCGGAUUCGCGUUACGUCAAUACCAGACAAUACGCGCGCGUUGAAAAAUACACCGUUCGAUUAUAUUGGUGUACGGUAUUAUUAUAUUUCGAUUAUAAUUGCCGAUUUAAAAAAAAAAAAAAAUAACAAAAAAUAACAAUUAUAAAAUAACCGGACACAUUCGCGCAGCGUAUUAUUUAUUGUUAUUUAGUCAUUACCAAUGCGCAUUAAUACGCGUAUACGUAUUUUAUGUCGCGAACGUCGAACUGCGGAAUACGUCGGUAAAUAAUGACAAAAACAAUAAUAACAUUUUAAUAACGAUUAUUCUGCUCGGCCGAAACAAUUUGCAUACGAAUAAAAUCAAAAAUCAAAAAUGUAACCGGGAAGAUUCUAAACGUCUAAAAACCGGUAAAAAAGUAGCGAGAAUCUUUUGGACAUUUUACCACGGCUGUAAGAAACGCGCGUUAAUGUAAUGUAAUUAGGCGUUCUGUGAAAAUUGCAAGUCUCUACGUUUAUUUUUAACCGAAUCGUUGAAAAAAAAAAAAUUUAACCGUACAUUUUCCCGUUUUCCCUACGUUUUUUUUCUCGGUUAUGCUGAAAACUACAAAGAAAAUUACGUCCACAAAGCUCUAACCGGACAAAAUUCGCAUUCAGAAAAGACGUUGAUCACGUUCGAUUUAUGUUGAUAUUUCAUACGAAUUUAUGACGAUUUUAUUCCGAUCUUCACGAAACUUUGCACACUAUUAACAUUCAAAACAACAGGGAGGUCGUCGUGUCUACUAUUACCCUAUUACCUAUUUACCCUUGAAAUUUAACUUCCAAAGCCUAGUGGCCGACACUAAUGUUUUGGUGUUUCGUAGACUACCCUUGCGACACGGAUGAAAACAAAAAUGACAAAAAACAGUUAUUAUUAUCGAGCUCAGAUUAAGACACUAAGAGGUCCCGGGGCUAAUUUUUUCAACCAGGCUCUCGUUGAACUAAUCAUUUAUUGUAAAAUGUUUACUAAUAAAUAAUAAGUAGUAUAGACAUCAUAUAGAUAUCAAUUCAAAAGUCACUAGUAUUAUUUAAAUAAAUAAAUAUAUAAUUUUUCACAGAGUUACUAGUAGUUUCUGCUAUAUAAUACAAUAGUACGAAUCAUAACACAAAAUAAAGUCAUCGUCAGAUAAAGAAAAAAUAUCAAAGUACAAAGUUAAUGAUUAAAUCUUGAAUGCAUAUCUAAAGGCAAAAUCUGAGGCCCUGGGAUUCUGGUGGACCGGGGGCCACGGCCCUCCCUGGACCCCUCUUGAUCCGGGCUUGAUUAUUAUUUAAUUUGGCUAUCGUGGACAAGGGACAUAGGUACACGUUUUUUUUUUUUUUCAAAAAGAAAUAAUUACAAAUUACCGCGAUACGAGUCCGGGAAAUAGCGGGUAAUUUGGUUAGAGUGGUAAAGAAAUACACUACAAUUACCGAUACGUCGUAAUAACGCGCGUAAUAUUUCGGUUGUAUAGAACGGUCAAACUUUUCAUAAUCAAUAAUAUAUUUUUUUGUCAGUCUUCUCGGCCGGAUCCGAAUAAUGUUGUAACAAGAAGAAAACGCCUCUCGUGAUCUAAAAACGUGAAAUGUAUAAAAUAUUAUUGUAAUGUUCUUUCCGAUGUAUAAAAACGAGGGUUUUUGAAUAUAAUUAUUUUCAAUUUCGAUAAACUUAUAUAGUCGUUCGUAAAUUAUUUUAUAAAUUAUAAAUACGCGCGAAUCUAAACUAUUAUGCAGCUAAGUGAUUUUAGCGUUUCUCACGGAAAGACGAAAAAAGUAAUAAUAAACUCGUGAAUUAAGAAUAAGAUCGCAUUAUGAAUUUGUAGUUUUCGUUGCCGACUAUCUGUUCGUUCAUUUUUUUUCAUUAAGUCCAUAUUAUCUAACUAUAAUAAUAAUAACUCUUUAUACUUUUUUAACCGUCCCGUAUAAUUACGAUUUCCGAAGCAACAAAAAGGAACAACUACCGCAGUAGUAAUUACUAUUAUAUGUUUUUAUCGCACAAACGGAAUAAAAUUGAAAACGUGUGGAAUUUUUUCUUCCGGUCGGUUUGUCGAGACAAAUACAUAUAAACGUACACACUAUAAAUAUUAUAAAAAUGUAUAAAGUAAAAUAAAACGAAAACGCCUAAUUGUAAUAUAAUAGUAUAUGAAAGCCUUCGAAAAGUUUAAAAUUCAAAACUCAAUUUCGACGUAGGUCCCUUUAUUACAUUCUAUAUUAUACUUUGCUUGUCUUCAAAGGCGUAGACAUAAUUGACAAAUCUGACGGAAUUGCGUUUCACUCGUAUUUCUCAUUAUUUUCAUAUUAAAAAUCGUAUUACAUUUUGUAUUUUUGUAUACACGACCUGUAGUAGCGGCUCGCGAGUCAUAUUGUAUACAAGUAGUUAAUCGAAUAUACCGUAUACGGUAUCAGAAAUAGAAAACGAGGUGUUGUCAUCAAUAAAAAUUGUUUGUACGAUUUUAGGCUUCAAUUGUCAGCAGGGUUCGGGGCUUGGUUAACAAAAAAAAAAUAGCAUAAAACAUUCGUUAAACUAAAUUAUUUUAAUAAGAAAAUUGUAUACAAUGUCAACGGCGACUCAUUCGCUGACCGCCAGUACAGUGGCGUACUUACGACUUGUUUUUUCGGGGAGGGGGAGACAAGAGGGGUCGAGGGGAUGUAUUAACGUAAUUUAUUGACGGCCAAGUUCAUCACCCGUACCUUAAUCAUACCGAGCCCGCCGAGAUUAUUGAAGUUGUGAAGUGCGUUUGGAAGAGGGAGGAAUCCACCGCCGUUUUAUUUACGACGACGUCACGUCAACCCAAACAAUAUCCAUACCACUUAAAAACCCGUAUUGCGAUUAACCGUUUCUAAAAUGUUACACGAUACUCUUACUUUAAAUCAGUGUGCAUCGCUCGCGCAUCAAGUCUGCAUCGCUCACUUUUACGAUAGUCGUAUAUAUUAUAAAUUCCGGUCUAUUAUUACAACGCCAGUAAGUUAUAAUGACGUUUUAUAAGCGUCUGGAAUUCACAAAAGUUUAUAUACCAACAACACCUCGGGGACAUAGAAUAUAUUAGUCCACUGACACACUGCAUUAUAUAUUAUUAUACAGUAUACCGUAUAUAUUAUUAUACGAACAACUGCAUCGGCUGCGAUGUGUUCAGUGUUAUACGAUCUCGAACUGGUUAACGAUGCGUUUGUUUUGCAUCAUAAAUAAAACGAUUAUAGCCUUUCUAACCGGUAUUUUUUCAUUUUUUUUUUUUCGUUCGUACGGCCCCGGUGCUCGUAUUGUAAUAAUAAUAUUAUUAUUAUUAUUAUCUCCUUGUUUUACGGACAUUAUAAUACUCGUACGUAUAGCGUACGAGUUAAACGACGAUCGACGAUAAUAGCCAUUGAAAUUUCGAAAAUCGAAAAUCGUAGGCACGCCGGAUGUCCGUCGUCGUAGUCGUUCUCGCGUUUAAUAGGUCUAGAUUUGUACGGCAAUUUAUUAUAUACGUGCUCGCGGCGACCCGAACGCGAACGCGUAAAAAUGCCAUUUAGUAUGUAAGAAUAGGUAGAAAUAUUUUGUUUUUUCUUUCCAUGUUAAAUGCCAUUUUUCUUCCGCCCUACGCGCACCCCCGCAGAAAUUCGAGCGUUAUCGCAUAAUAAUAUACGUGCCUACAGAUUAUAAUCGUCUAGACGAAAAUAUUGUGUUAAACGAAACGAGACGACGACAGAGAGCAGAGAGAGAGCACAAAUAAUAAUUCCCACUACCCCCCCCCCCUCAUUCCGGCGGUGGAUGUUAAAACGGGAUUUUUUGUAGACAUACUUUUCGGCCUCUGAAAAUACAAUGUAAUCAAUCAGCUCGGAAACCAAGGGGAACAAAAUUAUAGGGAAAUAAUUGAAAUUCAAUAAUCCGGGUUGGGCCGUAGGUAUUUAAAAAUAAUAAAUAUAAGUACGCAACCCGUUGCUGUUUUUCGUCGAUUUGGUCCCGAGUUUUAGAUGUAUACGUCUUGUAAAAUUAUCUAGUUUGUAUCUAAAAGAAAUUUAGGGAAACUUCUAUAAAAUCUCCCGAAAAAUCUUCGGACCAGCUCUUUUUGGACCAAACGCGGAUAAUCGAUAAACUCGAUUGGUCCGUCGAUAAUUUAGAAACACGAAUUUACAUAUUUUAUGCGUGGUACAAAUUUAUAUAAUAUGUGUACGGAGUACGGUGUGAAAAAAUGUUCGGAGGAUUUUUCAUAAAAACGAGAAAGUGUUAACGACAGACAUUAUAAUAUGGACGCGUAAAAACGCAGAUUUUUUAAAUCUAUACGUUCCUCGGGACGCUAUAAAUAAUUUUCAACAUUCGUUAUUACGGACUGCAGGCUAUGUGAAAUUCGAAAUGCCGCUGCGAAUUCCACACGACAGCUAACAAUCCCGGAUUUGUCUCACCCCUCCCCUCGCUCCCGUCUCGCCCGUCACCGCGUAUUAUAAUAUUUUAUGUAGCGAGUCCGGAUUAUUUUUUUAAAAACGUUUUUCUUUUGUAUGGUGUGUCGCGUCCUGUUUAGGUUAAACUCCGUGCUAUCAUUAUUGUUAUCAUUACCGUUAUUAUUAUGCGCACGACGGCGAACGGCCUACAUUACUAUACCUACUGCCGCCGCCGGUUUGAGGGUUGGUUUUCACCGCGGCGCACCUUCGCCGACCUUUGCGGUCGUUAUAAUUGGACCGCGUUUCAAAUGUUGUCGACACCGGACACGUUAUUAUACCGGUAGACAUGCUCUCCCGCAUACAAUUAUUGUACGCUAUUAUUAUCAUCGAACGUACCCCGGUAUACGCCGGCGACGGUGACGAGUGAAAGUAUAAAUAAUAAUAUUAUAAUAUCGAUACGGUUCACAAAACAAAUAAAUCGAAAUGCGAAUAUCAAUCUUCCGCGGCUAGCUGACGAUUCGCAUUCCCCCCGCACUGCAGCGCCGGCGGUUUAUCUUGAUAAGUUUUCGUUCGGUUCGGUUUUGCGAACCCCGAAACGAGAAUGCGCGGACUUUCUAAAAGAAAAAAAAACACAGCCAAUUAUACGAAUAACAUAAUUAUUGUUCGGGCGGUCACGAAAUAUAAAAACAAUAAUAAAUAACGAUUUUUUUUUUUUUUUUUUAAUUUUCUUUAAGGUUUUGGAAUUGAUGAAGGAAGUGGCCGAGGACGAAGAUUCCAGCGAUAUAUCCGGUUAUCAUUCGGACUCAGACAGUGCCAUAAUGAUGUCAGGAAACUCUCCGUACGUCACCAAAAGGGCCAGACACAAUUUCAUUUCGCGUUCAGGUAUGGUAUUAUUGUUUUACGUUGAUUUCAAAACGGGGGGGGGGCGAAAUAGGGAGGUGAUAUUGCUGAACGCGAUAUGCCACUGCUGUAGGUGAGACGUUGGGAUGGUAGGAUCCAAUUUCAUUUAUAACUGUACGCAACGAUAAAUCAUUGCUAACGAAACUCGAUUUUGAGCGAAGUUCGGUUUGAACAUGUUUUGAAGCACCGCCGUGAUUUUCACAAUUUUAGUCGAAAUUUGAACUUAUAGGUAUGAAAAAAAAAACUACUAUAUCACGGUCGACUUAUUAUAAUUCUAGUGUUUAAUUGUCAAGCAUUUUUUUUCGGGCUAAACAAUUUUAUCCACAUAAAACCUUAAAAAAGGGUUAAGAAGAAAAAAUUAAAAACUAUAAAAUAUUAAAUGCCUAAAAAUAGUUCAAGAAUGGCCGAAAUUUUUGAAAAUCUUAUCGCGCCAAAAAAAGGCUAAUAUACAUCUUUUGUGGAAAUUUCAUGUCUCUACUAUUGGUUUUUUUCACUGAAUUACAAAAAAAAAAAAAACGAAACAAAACAAAAUCGAAAGCAGUGAAAACGCGUACAUUUUUUUCGUUUUUACUAAAUAUCAAUAAGACCACAACGAAAAUCGAAACCCCAACUCAUCAACUAGACAAGGCAAUUAGAUUCUGUCUUCAGAAAAGACGAGAAGAAAAUCUGAAUAAGAUUUUCGAUAGACUAGUCAUAAGCAGACAGAAAAAUUAUCGCUAACAAAUCGAAUUGAAUUCAAUGUAAAACCAAAUAAAUAAUACAUAAUUUACAUUAAAACAUUAUUUUAAACAAAACAACACUAUGUACAUGUUUUGAAGAAAAUCGUACAACAAACAUGUUUUUAUUUCAGUAAUAUUUUCAAAUAUAUUGGCGAGUAAUGACGAUCUUUGAACUUAAAAGAGCUCUAAAAAAAAUCUGUGACUUUUAGGUGAUAUAAAAAAGUACACAACGUCAUAAGUUUUAUAUUACUGACUGCAGAUAUAGUAUUCUCGUUUUAAUAAAUCGGGGCGAAUAUUAUUUAGACUUAUUUUUUUACAUUUACUUAAAUCAUGUUUAACCGUAGUAUAUUAUAAUUUUACCAAUAUUUCCGAACACGAUUAAACGGAAUUAUAUUGUUCAAAAGCUCUAUAGGUACCAAAAAAAAACACACACGUUUUUUAAUUAAAUGAACCCGAAACUUUAAAAAAAAAAAACAAAAACAAAAAGUAUGAAAAAACGUGUUACGAAAUAACAAUAUAUAUAUAUUUUCGCGGGGAUCGAUUCGUUUUUUUUUUUUAAGCCCAUUAUUCACAUGCGCGCGAAAAUAAUAAUAAUAAUGCUAAAAAUACUUUUAUUCAUAUUAUUCCGAAUUCCCGCACGGCGACGACAUUAUUAUUGUUAUGGAAAUGUAAAUUUUUGUUUUAUGUAUGUUAUUUUUAAUUUUUAUUUUUUUUUAGCGCGCGCGUGUGUUGACUAUGCGACAAAAACAAAAAUAAAAACCAAAAACGUCAUACACGCGAAAUAUUAAAUUAUAUACAACACAUUAUAUAUAUCACAGCACCCGGCGGCAAUAAGUAACGGCACGUUUUUAGCGGUUUUUACCGAACUUUUUUAAUUAAAUAAAUGAACCGCCGUUACCUAUAGAUAUGUAUACGCCGGUAUAUUAUUAUAAUGUUUAUUCGAGAUAAUCCGUAUUUACCGACACGAGUUUUUGGUAUAUUGUUUGUUUUCGAUCGCAAACUGGAAAAUUACAUUAUAAUCAUUGUGGGGUGCGUGACGUUGUUUUACCGCCGGCGUUUCUCGCAUACGCAUACGGGUCGUCCCACGGGGUUCCGCGUCAGAAAGCGUUUUUUUUUUUUGGUCGUUUCGGGCCUUGAAGGUCCGUCGCCGAUUCUGCUACGCGACAUUUUCACGCCUCCCUCUGCCCUUGGCCGGUUGUUCUCCGUUUCUUAUUCCCGGGAGCCUGAGUUGUUGAGGUCUUUCCCUACUCGAUCAAUCCACCGCUGUCUUGGUCGUCUUCACGGUAUCUUUUUGUCUGGUUUUCAUUAUUGCGAUCUCCCGUGACGUUUGGUCCUACGCUUAUCCUACCGCUUUUUUGAGGAUUUUUACUACGUCUGGCUCAUUGAAUAUUGCUCUGCGUCAUCUGUUUCUUCUAUUGUCGUUGUGAAUCACGAACUGCGUUCAGUGGCGGUGCGAACUAUUUUCACCUCGAUGAAAUCAUCAAUCUCAUUUUUCGCAUACACCCGCCUAUCAGAUACACCCACCUCCUCCUUAUCAGAUAUUGUCUGUAAACUAUAAACCACGAAUUUCCAACUAGUUUCCAUGGGAGUUCAUAUUGAGUCGUAUCAAACUUUCCGCAGACGAAAACACUUAAUGACUUUUUUCAACUAUAUUUAGGUACGUGAACAACGGCGUAACCAGUAAACGUAUUCAAAACUUAGGUAUACGUUAAAAUUUGUUUAUUAUACUAUAAACAUAUAGAGGUAUUUGGCGGGGGGGCCGGUAAUAGGGGAACAGGGGGAAUUGCUACGGGCGCCACGUUUCAAGAGGGCGUCACAAGACACGAUGAACUUUUCUAUUUUUGUUCAUUACUAUAAUAUAAUUAUGCUCAUAUGGCUUUUUGGCUUUUUUUUAUGAUCAUCAAAAUAAAUCGAGUGUUGUGAACGGUCUCUGCAGCACGAUUCCCCGGGGCGCCAACAGUGUAAAUAUAUUUUUGACUAUCAGGAAUCAUGUAGCAUGCAAUUUUAUUUCGUAACACCAUAAUAAUUUGUGUUUUAUUCCGUUAUGACCCACCUACUUAUUUUUUCGUGAAUCUCAUGAUUCCAAAAAGAAACACCCAGUGGCAUCGAACAAGGAGUUCAGGUGUGGUUAAGGUCAUACCAUAUUUUUGGUGUGGUAGAGGUGGUGGAGAUGGUUAAUAGAAAGAAUUUCUCUCUGGUGUAUAAAUAUUAUUUAAAGAAGGAAAUAUUAAUAAUAUUUUACAAUAUGUUUAAGCUUUGUAAAGCGAAUUAGAACAUUAAUAUAGUUAACAUACUUGUAUUAGUCGUAAUUUGAAUUUUUAAUACAAAAUAAUAUACAAUCACGAUUUUCAUGAGCUAAGGAUUUGAUUUUAUAGUAAUACGAAAGUUGAUAAAUGUAUGUGUGCUAGAACAUGCAAUAAAAAUGAUGAUAUAAAUAAAAUUACACGAUUUUCAAUAGGCAGACAUUUUGAUGAAUGCUAAAAAAAUGUUAAGGGAGGAGAUUGGGAGAAGGGCGGAUGAAGUGACCCCACGGUUAUCCUGCUGACACAUAAAUAGGUAGGUGGCGGUUAGCCUUAAUAUGACUAUUGACCAGAACAUUCGGUGCUACUGUGAACACCACUAUGUUUAUAUUUUUGGUAAUUGAUGCAGCGCCAAAUAAAUACAUUUUUCACUGCCCUUUUAGAUCCUGAGCGGAGCGAGGAAUAUAUUGGUUUUACAAUGACGUUUAUUUUUAUUUUUUAUUUUUUCUGUGACCGAUUAGUUGGUUACCAGAAAUUUUGUUUUGAUUUUCAAGUGUAGCACCUUUUCUAUAAGGAAAUUUGACCGGUUCUAAGAAGAGGUGAUACGGAUUGAUUUUCCUCGAGGUUUUCUUAAUAAAUGAGAAAGACUGAGAAAAAACGGGAAAAUUUACGAAAUGUAUUUUCUACAAAUCGUAAAUAUUACGACCUUUUAAACCAUGUAUAAUCGAACUCCGCUUAGAAUCGUUCUUCGUUAGCAAUGAUUAAUCUUUGCGUACAGGUGUAUAUUAAAUUUUCCCUCUACAUUCCUAACUUCUCUCCUAAAACAGUGGUCCAUCCAUCGUGCUAAUUACGUCCGUUUGUUUUUUUUAACAUAUUUGUUGAAAAUAUGCAUUAUGCGUUAAAAGUUGAUUAACUGAUAUCGAUUAAUUUGAGAGCCAAGUCGUUAUACCGAAGAGACGCGCGACCGCUGCCGCUUAAAAAAAAAAAAAAACACCGCGAUCUUUAUAGCACAGGCGGCGACUUUCGCGAUUAUUCUUUUGAUGUCUCGAUGUUUGACUACUCCUCGCGAUCCUCCUAACAAUAUCGCAUUACCGUUAUUAACCGGACGAGGGCGACCGUCGUAUAAUAUAAUAAUAUUGUAAUGUUACUCGCCGUGUCUUUGUGGGCGGCUGAUGUCGUUAUUAUUAUCACUAAUGCUUACACGUGUAGUGCCAACUCGGGUCGUGUGCGUACGUCCAAGCAGAGAAACACGACCGCCGCCCGUGUGCCUUAACCUUCUGCUCAGUCGUUGUACACAUCGCGGAGAAAGCGCCUCCCCGGUGCAUCGUACGUAGCUACAUUUAUAGCGAGCCGUGCAGGUGUCCGUUUUCGAACGGCUAUUAUUUCGAGGCAUUGUGCGGACGUGUGUCGGUUAGAGAAUUAUUAUCAUCGUACAUUUAUCAAAAGAUAAUAAUAAACGAAACGCGUGUUAUUUUUAUAUUCCGUACGUGUGAACCGUUGUCGUCGGUGCCUACAACACAGCAUUAUUAUAGCAGCACACCGGCACCGCGCCGGUGACGACGACCGGGCUCCGCGCAGAUUUUCGGGCGUUCUUAAUUUACGUUCCAUUAUUAAAAAAAAAAAAAAAAAUAAAAAAUAAUAAUAAUAAUAAUAAUAAAAAUAAAACUAGAUAGAUAGGUAAUGUGAAACACAGUGCGCUCCUGCAGACGGCCGGUAUAAUAAUAUAAUAUUAGACUCGUCUAUAUUAGGUUCACCGGCUCCUCAGUCACGAAAUCCUUAUAUAUAUAUAUAUACAUACGCCUGCGUCAUAAUAUUAUUAUUAUCGUAUCUUGUCUUGUACAAGUGGCGUAAUUACGGGAAUUUAUUCUGUGUGGCGAAUGCGAUAUGAUAUGAUUUUUUUUUAUAGAGCUGUGGGAGCCCCAUAACGCCCUAUUUUGCACGUCGUCCGAUUUUCGAAUUUGUCUAUUAUACUUAUGGCAGUACGGUAUGAUAAGCAAUAAAUAUAAUGAUUAAUAAAAUAAAAAAAAGGUCGAUAAAUGACAAAAUAAACUAAACUAGGCAAUAAUCGUAAUCAGAUAGAAAUUGGUACGUAUUUUAAUAAGACGUAGGUAACGUGAUGUGAGUCUUGAAAGCCGAUAUGUAAAUCUAAAUGUAUGGUAUUUAGCCUUUGGACUUGAUGUGACACGAGUUCGCUUGCAGUCUGUAGUUAAAAUGGGAAAAACUUCGAAGGGGACUGUAUUCACCGAAAAUUGAGGGGCGUUCCCGAGAAUUAACUAACUAGAGACAAGACUUUCAAAAUGUUUUUCUCUUACACACAUUUGCUUAUAAGAACGUUAUACUAAUAGGGUUUUGAAAUAAACUCGUUCUCUCUUUAAAUACUACUCUACGCAUACGUUCAUUCGGUAAUAAUAAAGUAAAACAUAGUUGAAUAAUCUAAUAGGUAUUAAAAAGUGAAAAACAGAUGCAUUCAGAUUCAAUAAAAGUUCACAGUCCUGUACACCUACCUUGCACACAUUAAUAUUAGUAAUUACGUCAUAGUGAACCAUUAAACUAAAAUUUGAUUUUUAUAAUACAAUUUUGACAUCGUACAGUAGGUCAAUAGCCUUAUUUCUACUUAAACCUGCAUGUUGGUUUUUUUUUUUUUUUAAUAAUUUAAUUAACUUUUUGAUUUUUAGAAAAAAAUAUACGACAGAAAAAAUACUCGUAAACAUAUUCUCAUCUUUAUUAAAGUGUAACGGUUAUUUGUAUUUUAAACUUUGUAUAUUAUAAUAAUUACUAUAUAAACGUCACGAUAUAAAAUUCCGAGUAACGUAAUACACUUUGUUACGUUAUACGUACUUUGCACCAGCCGGGCCUAUUCGGAAUUUUCAAAUUUUUUUUACGUUAAUAUUUAUCACGUAAUUUGCAUGACUAAAUUCAGUACUAGAGGUCGCAUAGGUUGAGACGGUGUGUAAACACGCGGAAAUUAUCGCGUCAUCUCAUAUAAUUGUGUAUAUAAUUGAACAUUAUAGUAAUAAGUUGUUUAAGAGACAUGCGUAUGAAGACGAAACCGUUAGAGAAUAGCUAUGGAGUGGAACACUCAGGAAAUAAUACCUAGAGGAAUACCAGAGAAACGUGAAUCGUCGUGAUAGAUGAGGAUUUUAAAUUUCCCGGAGUUGGGCAUAGGUAGUAGAGAUGGGCGGCAAAACCACUGGCAUUGUGAUAGAGAACAGAGAUUAAAGUGAUUUGCUUAUGAAAAUGUAAAACAAAGGCGCCAAGUUGAUAUCAGCUACAUUGCGUCCAAUCGUCGUAAUUAAGUACAUGCGACAUUCGGGUCGUGUACUCGUAAACGUAUGUAAUUGCAUUUUACUCGUCGUUUCUUCGGGCAAAAAACGUACGACAGUCGUAAUUAUUGCGGCGCUCGUGUAUAAUAUGUUGCUGCAGCGGCUGUUCGGUACCUAUACGAGUGCGAUUUAUUUUUUCUCGGUUAAAUUUUCCUCGUGGAUUUUUUUGAAAUUUUUUUUUUAUUUCCUAUUAUCACCGAAAGAGUUCGAGACCACACUGCAGGCCUGCAUCGCGCGCGUACAACGAAAAUAAUAACAAUAAUAAUAUGUAUUAUUAUAUCACCCUAUAUCUGUCGCCGGAGACGUUUUCCCGCGCAGUCUGUACAAAACAGACGCCGCCGAGCACGUAUAAAUUAUUUUACACAGGUAUUAUUAUUAUUAUUAUUAUUAUUGUUGUAUUCCUCUCGGAGAUAUAAUAUAUAUAUAUAUAUAUAUAUGUAGAGAGAGAGAGAGAGACGCGUACCUAAACGGGAAAAAUUGCGUUUAAUCGAAUACGCGCAUUGUAUUUUCGAAAUUUUUGACGUACGCGAAUUUAUCUCUAUUGUGCGUGUCGCGAGCACCGGUUUUCCAGAGCAGACCGCAACACACGGCGCGCCGUCGCAGACACGACAGCGUAAAAUUUAAUAUUAUAUGCACCUUAUUUUCCAUCUCCUUCCCUCUCGUCCAGCUCUGCCCCGUUUCAGAUUCCGAGCGAAACGACGAAACGUUACUGUGACGCGUGCUUUUUUAUUCUCGUCGAAUUUUCCCCGAAAAUCGUGACCGCCGGUGGUUUUCGGUUGAAACAAUUGCGAUUCACGAACAAACCACAGAAUCGUCCCCAAUGUAUAUUUCAAGAGAAAAAAUUACCAAGUAAGAAACACUCGUAGGUUUUUGUAUUUUUAAACCAAUGAGGGCGGUUAUAAUCCUUAACCUCCCUUCUUACGCCCGUCACUCGUUGACAAUGUUUUUGAAAAGCCACGGCUCUCCAUCAACAUUCAGAUGCGUCGGCAAGACAGACAGAUGUAUUAAUAAUAAUCAGUGGCGGCGUGAACGGGGUUAAAUUGACACAGCUGCAUCACGAAAAAAAGGGUGGUUGGCUGUUGAAUGUUGAUGUUUAUGGUCGAGUAGAUAAAAAAUACUUAUUUUUAUUAAUUAUAUAAUACUUUACUUUUUAUAUUUUGUGUUUAUAUAAAAAGGAGGGUGACUGGGUGGGCAUUGAACAAUUUUAUUGCGUCAUUAAAAUAAUAAAUUCACGCCGCCACUGGUAAUAGUAAUGCUUGAAAAAUAAAUUACCAUUUAUAUUAACAAUGAGUUUAGCGAAAAAAGAAAUUUUAAUACCAAAUACAUCAUCAUUUACGAUUAUUGUACACGGAUUUUGAUUGGGAUUAAUUAUAAAUAGUUCAACACACCGCUGAAGGAAUAAAUUGCUUUUACUUUGAUGUGUUUUUGUUUGUAUCUGUUAAAUACUUUUCUACCAAAAAUCUCGUGUUUAUCAAAAACCUUAUAUAGGGACGUUUUAUAUCAUUUUUUGAUCCAGUUGGUGUGCAUUGGAGACAUCGUUAUUUUUAGACCCCCUAACGAACGGGAAAAACUGGUAAUUUUUUGUAUAAUUUUUGUUGAUUUAUAGGGUACCUUGGCAACAAAGAGAAAAAUACGAGUAUUAAUACCGUAUUCAGAAUCGUUUUCCAUUAGCAACGAUUUAUCGUCGGGUACAAGAAAUAUUAUGAAUUGAAUUAGAUACUCCACAUAGAUCCUUGCUCCUAACUUCACUUCUAAAACAGUGGUACACUCAUUAGCACUUUUUUCCUAAAAAAAAAAAUGUAACGAUAUCAAUCUGGAUCAGCCGUUGCCGAUGCGGUUAUAUUAUUAUUGGUUAUUACACUCGUAUAAUACACGUUUAUAUAUUAUUGCGGUCGACGCUGUUAUUGCGCCACGGUGUUCCUCAUUCCACGAAACCGUCGUUUUUUUCAUGUAUCGAUAAAACGCGUCCGUCCCUCUCGUGUUUUUAUUAUUAUUAUUAUUUUUUUUUUCAACGGGUGCGUCUACACAUAUUGCGCGUGACGUUUCCGAGGGAAUCGUUCUCAUUCCGGCGAUUUUAAAAUCAGAUUAUCCGGCGUUUUAUCGGGUUUCCGACAAAUUCCAAACGCUGUGUGUGUAUAUAUAUAUGUAUAAAUAUAAAACCGUUCUGCCGCCGCGGUAAUAGCUACAGACUACGGUAUUUCUAAUUUCCGACGGCUGUACGUACGUUUAUUGGCGACAAAAAAAAAAUUAAAAAAAAAAAAAAUCCACCAUGGAUAUUAGAUAUAGAAUAAUGCGUGCUAGUAUAACGAUAACAAUACUAUACGUCGUUCGUUCCAUCCUGUUUAUAACCCAACUACUACACGCCAUACCUACUUCUGCAAAUGUCCGUUUAAGAUUACCUACCUACGACAGGUAAUACGGUGUUAUUAUAAUGUGAUUUGAUCUCAGAUUUCCAAUUGUAUCCUCGUAAACAUUAUCAUAAUCGCAUCGUUUGUUUCGAGCGGAAAAACAUUGGCGUAGCGAGGAGGUGGGGUGUUGUAGGUGUAACAAUCCCCCCCUCCUCAUCCCUCCUCUCUGACCGUGUUAAAUUAUUACAGAUAUAUAUGAUAAAACGAUAAAAGAUCAAUUAUCAUACAAUAUUUCUACGUAUAACUAUGUAAAUUUCAUUACCUAUAUUCGUACUAUAAAAAAUUGUGAUGUCAAAGAUUGUUGAUAUUAUUGAUGUGACAAACUAUGAAAAUGGUUUAUAGUUAAUUUUUAAUUACGACUGAUAUAAUUGACAAAAAUAUCCAUGUUUCCACCGAGAAAGAUACGAAUAUAUUGUUAUAGAUAGGUGUAUUUUAUGUAUUUCUUCGUUUAACGCGACAUAGCAAAUUUGUGUUCACUACUGGGAUAAUACCAUGCUGUCAGUUUAAAUAUUAAAUUGAAUAAUUAUUAUUAUCAAACUUAAAAACAAAAACAUUAUCUGGGUAUCGUCGACGCUAUUUUUCGAUGUUUUAAUAUUCAAGCGAGAUAUGAGUGGGAAAUUUGACAUGAUGUGGAAUAUCAAAAUUUAAUAAAGCCUACAGAAAAUGCUCGCUUGAAAAUUAAAACGCCUAAAACACAUCACCGAUGUAGUGCGAAUAUAGUGUUAUCCUUAUAUUUAAAUUUGAUAAUAGGUCCAAUUCACUAUAAUAACACAACUAAUAGCAUAUAGUCGUCCCUGCAGACCGCUAAUAUGCUAUGUCGUAUCACAUCAUUUUAAUUGUUUAAUUAAUAAAUAGUGAUACUGAAAAAGAUUUUGAAAUUUUUCAUAACACUCCUUUCUUGACAUUUCUGGAUAUCUACGCGCCUGAUGGUAAACAUUACGAUAACGCCUAGGGAUGGAGAGGAAAGCGAAAAAAACCACUCACUACAGUUCACGUUGAAUAAUUAUUAUAACACACACGUUACCGUUUGAAGUCACACGACACCGAAAUUAUACUACAUGACUUAUACAUUUAUGCGUAUGUAUGGUUGCCCCUGCUUCCCAUUUAAAUUUGAUUUAAUGUAUACAGUUACCUAUCCGAUAUACGCGAAAUUGUUAUGUACAUAUAUAAAUUAUAGGUUAAUAUAUUAUAUCGGCCGGUACUUGGGUCAAAAUUUUAAUUUUCAGUAUACAUUAUAUACAAUAUUAUGUGGGUCAUUGUACGAAACGAAAUUCGAAAUCGGCUGUUUCAUAAAAGUUAAUGUGUAAUCUUUUCGAGAUGUACAAUUAUAAUCGCACGAUACUAUACCGCAAUCGAAAGCAAAUCACUUCGCGCACGGAAUAAAUAAUAUUGUACAUACACAUAAAAAAAGCAGACAUAUUUAGCACGGUGGGUGGGAAACUGGGAAAGCAUAUAGAAAAAAAUAGGGUAAUUUAAUUUAAAACUGUACGGUAUAUGAUAAAUCAUCGGUGGGCGACGAAAAACAAUUCUGUGUGAUGUUCGUGUAAAUAUGAUAUGAAAAACUAUGAAUUGAAAAUCUCAUGAUAUAAUUUGAAUUAGAAAUAACACUAUAAUAAUCCGCAUAUUUUCGAGCAUUUUUGAGUAGCCAUACGAUUUGUAUCGAAAUAAUAACUGAAAAAAAAAACAACAGCUUGAAUUUUACAAAUGCCAAAUAAACGGCGAAAACCACUAGAUUGGUUUGAAAACUGUACAGCGUCUGGAAAAGGCUGAUAUAAGUAUUCGGUAAUAAUGUAUGGUCUCUCUACGAAUAUUUUUAACAAAAAAAAAAAACAACAAAAUCAAAAAUUGCCUAAACCGUUAUUGCGCACAUUUUACCGUUUUCUCGACGUUUUUUCCCAAUAUAUUAAUAAUACUAUUUACUAAAAACAAAUCAUAUAAUCACUUCUUAAAUGCACCGUAAAGACAAAAUACGUUAUUAGAAAAAACCAUCCCCUAAGCGAAUAACUGGAGUAAAAUUGAUGUAUCUGGUGGAAAAGUUCUUUUCACAGACAAAAAAUAAAAAUAAAACGCCUUACAGUAAAACCAAUAACACAUUCUUCAGAAAUCGAAAACAUCCACUAUGCGAGCGUACAAAGUUUCCGGUUUUUAAACGGAUUUUAAACAAUAAACAAUUUUAAAAGAAUUUGUAAUCUUGUAGUUUAUUUUCAUGCUUACGCUUAAAAACCUAUAUAAAUUGAGUGUUUUAAUUUGUAAAUAGUUGACCGAAUAAUUUUAAAAUUCUUAAAGCGCAUGUAUUUCGGUACUUGUUCUGUAAUAUUGAUCAGUACGAAUUUUCAUUUAAAAUAAACAACAAUUAACAAUAUAAUGUUACGAAUAGUAUAAAUCUGUUUCUUGUGGCCUGUAAAAGUGUAAUAUUUUAAAACUACAGUUUAAUCUUUUAAGUCUUGUUAUUAACUAAUAACAUCAAUGUUAAGAAAUUAAAUUGACAUAGUCAAACCGUUUUUUUUAAACCUCUCAAAUCCACUUACUGUCUGUAGUUUAAAUUUUAAAAGUGCAAUUUAUUUUACGUGUUUUAUAGUUUGUGAUUUGCGAGUAGUGAUUAAACGUAAUGAAACUUAAAAUGAUAGACAUUCAAAUACCGCAUUCACUAUCGUUUGCAAUAAAAAUUUAAAGGUUUUCCCAUGACUGAUGAAUACAGAAACGUGACGUUUCAGAUUCUUAUCCAAAUGGCUUUGAAUUUAAUUUGAACAGUUAACACAGAAAAGCUAAGCAAUUGUGUUUUUGUAAAUGUUGUAUAGUUCUUCUUUUCCCUAUUUUCAGGGGUGGAGUAACAUAAUUUUAGAAAUCGUAUUCCUCCCCCCAGAAUAAAUUCCUCGUAACCCCCCCCCCGAUCUGUAUACAAGUAUCCAUCAUAUGGACAGACAAGACUCAACGGGAAUACGUAUAAGGUGUUCUAAACUCAUGUCUAGAAAUCUAAAACGAGCUAAAAUUGUAUCGUUUAUUGGUUUGUAUAUUAAAUGUGUACUUUUUGUAUCAAUACUCGGCUGUGGGAUUUUCACGAAAGCCGGUUUUUGGGGUCAUAUUUUUUGGCAAAAUUCUAUAUACGGUGUUACACACUCGUCCAAGUUGUACAUAUACACAUAAUUUGAUUUUUUUUUUCUUAAAUGAAAAAUAAACGACUUUUGAUUGGACGGAAGUAUACAUAAUUAAAUGUUGAUUUAUGACCAAAUAAAUUUGAAUUCCUGGUAAAUGUUAAUAUUGCUUUACGAAUUUAUAAAACUAAAUAGUAAAAAACCGUCGUUUUAAAAUAAAAACAUUGUACGAAAAAAAAAAAGAGUCGAUUCUGGAGACGGGCGCGCAACUGUUGUAGAUGGAAAUUCGGGAAUGUAGGAUACAUAAAGUUAUUUAAUUUAUACUUGUAACCAACGAUAAACCAUUGCUAACGAAAAACUAUUCGGAGCGAAGUUCGGUUAUACACGUUUUGAAAGGCCGUAAUACUUACGGUUUUCGUAAAAAUUUGAUAUUAAAACUUAUAAAAAAAAAAAAACUUUAUACUAUAUAAAACUAAUAGAUCAUUCGCAACGCUCCGAAUGUAAACAAAAAAACCACAUAAGUCCGAGCAAAAAAUCCGUGUAUGUAACGCGGUGUUCGUGUGUAUCGUGUGUUCGGUAGAGUAAUACACACGCGCACACACACGUAUCCGCAUAAUACUAUAAUAUAUUAUCAUACCUAUGUAAAUACGUUUAGUUUUAGCCUAAAUAAUUGUAUUUUUGUUUUUUUUUUUUUUAUAACAGUGCGAUCAAGCAGCAAUCACAGCACUCGGACCAGAUUAGUGAUGAGCACGGGAUCGAGUUCGGCCAGUCCUCCGGACGGCGCGGAAUCGUCUACUACGGGUAACGAAUUACGAUUAUUAUUGUUAUCGACGGCCAUAAUACGUACAGAUUACAGGGUGAUCCGUUCAUCACGGACCCCGCGUUGUUAGGCUUAGCAAUUGGACGCACAGGGUUAUCGAUCUAUAGGCUCAAAAUAGACGUGACGUUUAUCACGCUUCCUUAUUCCUCCGGUCUAAACCUUAAACUGUUAGGUAUAACUCAUACGCGGCAAAUCCGAUAUUGUAUACUCUAUUAUACCACAUAUCAAAAUGUUUAGUUUUUCUUUCGGAUCCGUAUUAAAAUGGGGAGGGUUGCUAUUCGUAAAUCAAUAGUUAACACCCAUUUAUUAAGCAUAAGGAACGUCGGUGAAAGUUCGAAACUCAUCAAAUUCAAAUUACAAGCUUAUAAUAAUAAUUCCAUAAUAAUCGGAAAAAUGAACCGAAAUCAAAUUGCAAAUGUAUUUAAAAAAUAGUCCGAUACAAUCGUUGGUCCGGGAUAAAUUUUCUACUCUGUAUAGACUAUAGGGGUAUUUGUUACCCAUGUAGGGUGAUUUUUACAACACCAACCGGCGAUUAUUUAGACGAAAAAUUUGAGUAGAAAUAAUUUUUGGCUUGGACGGCUUAUAAUAAUACUAUGAUCUUAUUUACUACAGUAUUUUAAAAAUAUUAUCUUUACAGAGUGUUUCACGAAGAUAUGGUUAUUGCGAUAUUUUAGAAAGUACUAACUUUUUCGGAAGUUUUUUUUUUGAAAUUUCAGAAAAAUGAUCUGUUAAAUUUUAUAUUAGAUAUCAUUAUUUUUGUUUCCUUUUAUUUUUGAUGGUGAACCGCCUACCUACUUUUGAUUUUCAAUCCAGUAUAUUCUAAAUUUCAUAAAUAGACGGAGCAUUAGUUAAAACUAAUUUUUUGGAAUUCCACUUAAUGUUUGGGCUGGGCGAGAUUAAUGGAAUAUUAUGUGUGUAGUGGCACAGCCUUUGGAUGGAUCGUAAUACCUUCACGGGACACCCCGUAUCUACUUACCAAUCAAGGUACCUAUUGUGUCGUUUUUUUUUCCGGAGACAAAAAGUCCGCGGAACGUUCCCGGAACCUGGAAAGUGUUGGAAACGUUAUAAUUUAUAAAGUUUUGUUAUCAAAUACAUUUUAAUAAUAGAAAUUAUUUUAUAUAUUUUAUACGAGGUGGCCACUAAAUCACCCAUCUCUUCCCCCUGUUAUCUGACGACAUUUCAACCUUUUAUGCAUUGCUUUCAGCGUUUAAAGUUUGAAAAAUGUUAAUUCACCGAAAAAAAAAAGUAUAAAAUUUAUGUAAGCACUCGAAGAAAUAACAUAAACUUAAAGUGUGUAGUUAUAAUAAAAAUUAUCUUGUUAAUAAGAUUGUAUACAUAAAAAAAAAAAUGUACCAGCUACUUCAGAUCUGUAGUUUCUGUAUUUUAAUUUUUUAUUUUUUUAUUUUUUUCGUAGGAGUAAGUACUUUCGCUCCGGGGUCGUUUCCUUUUCCGGGCUAUUCUCGAGUAUCCGAUGAAACAACAUUAUACCAGUUACCUUCUAAACCCAUGGCGACUUUUGAUUUUCGAAAACAACGAUAUAUAUUUCAAUAGGUUAUAUGGCGGUUGGCACUAUACUAUUUGUAGGUACGCGUAAAAUGUUGACAAAUCAUCAAAUUGUGAAAAAUGAAUUAAUUACACAAAAAAGCAGGAAAAAAAAAUCUUUUCUUUUCAUGUAGAAUAUGUUAAGGCAAUUUUUAAGAUACUGCAAUCAACUUAACAUUAUAUGAGUUUCCUUAUUGAAUGUCAAUUAAGUUGAGUCAUUGACAAAUUAUUGUUCAUUAAUUAUUUUUAAUUGUUUAAAUCGAUAUAAAAACAGAUAAAGUUUAAACAUUAAAAUAUAAUAAUUAUGUUAAUCAAUAUGGAAAAACACAUGCGAGUCCUACGGUACUUAAAUUAUAGCGAAACGUUAAAAUGCUAAUCUUGGGUUUUUAGUAAAAGUUUAUUUUCGUUUGUCUGAUAAGUUCUGAAACAUAUCAACUUUAACAUCUUUUUUCACGCGUACCCGUGAAUCGUCACUUUGUACUUUACACCUAUAUUUUCUAGCAUUCCAUAGUAUUCUUCGCAGAAAAUAAAUUUAAUUAAUCAAUUCAAUUUUGUUCAUUUUUUUUUUUUUAGUUAAAAGUUAUCAAAAAAAUAGAGUAACUUGUAAAUUAAUUUUGAGUUUUUAACCGUAUCCGUUACCGGGUUUAUCAAAUUUCAAGUACAAUCAAAUUUUCAAUGAAUUACUUAGUUUUUCAAUAAAAACUUUUCAUAAUCAUAUAUUCUAAAAUGUUACUUUGUCCUUGUUUCGGGUGUGAAUCGGCUACCUUUUUGAUUUUCAAGUAACAAAUUAUCAACCUAUAUAAAUAUAAAGACGGAGUUAUAGUUAAAAAUGUAAUUCGGUGUUGACAUUUUUGAUUUUCGUCAUCCCGUUGACGGUAUAUUUCUUUUUUAAGUUUGGGUAAGGGGAGAGUAAGGGAAGCACUAUUCAAACGUCGCGUACUGUGUCGCCACACGAACGAUGCUCCACUACAAUCCCCUCACUCGAAUUUAAAAGUGACGUAUCUCGUCAAUGAUCGAUGGUAUCGAAAAUAUAAGUAACCGUUUCAAACCCGAAAAUGAUGGUGACGAAAACAUGCGAACAAUGUACAGUCUUCAGAACACACAAGUCGGAAAAGUUUUUGUACGAGUCGUUUUUCGAAAAAAUAAAUGUUUCACCGGAAAUAUGAAAUUCGGAAGACCCCCCACCCCCUCCACCCGUCCACCUAUUGCCGCGGUUUGAAGAUGCGGCACGUUAUUACGGUACGUACGGUGGCCUGUGUACCUGCGUACAUUAUACGCGUAGCUGCUUGCGGAAAUCGCUGUAUUUUAAUCAAAGCCAAUUACCGAUAUUGUGAAUAAUAUUUCGAUACGACCGCGCGAGUGUGCAGUGCGCCGCCGUCGCCCGUUAAUUUGCAGACCGGAUCGAUAUCAUUAUAGGUUUCACGGACGUUAACGCGGUAAUAAUCGUAUUUUCUAUAAUGUUAUGAUAAUAACAAAUGCGUAUAGGCGUAGACUAAAAUGCGAAUUAAAAAAAUUAGAAAAAUCGGGACGCGGCCCGGUUGAAAAGCGAAGCAUAAUAUUAUACUUGGGUGUAAUUUGCAUCGGCCGUUCCUCGGCCAUUCGGUUUUGUUUUCGUAUAAUAUGUAUGUAUACUUCCGCGCGAUCCCGACUACACUAAAUAAUAAUAUAAUAGCUCGUGUUUAUAUCGGUUUUUUUUUGUUUUUUUUUUUGGUUCAGCGGCGCCGAAUUGGGAAUGGUCGACCGAGAAAUCGAUGAACACGAUGACCUGUUGCCGUAAGUGCGGACCCCAGGCCGCUUUGCAAUUACAGGCCGUCGUCGACGACGACCGGGAAAAGUUGACGUUGCAAACGGAACUGGAAGCCGCCCGGGACGAACUCGAACGGACCAAGACUAAACUCGAGGUUAUGACUAAAGCGGCCAAACAGGUGCAGGCUUCAAAGUGAGUGUUUCCUCAUAUUCAACCACGUCGCCGUUUCGAACGAUUCUCGGUUUUACAUUUUGCGUAAACUAUUACUUCGUCACUCGGAACCAGCCCGGUGCAUUAUUUCUAGACUUGGGCGAGAAUCGGUUUUUUUUUUUUGAAAUUUCCCCGAGUUUUAAAAAGUACUCGACAAUGUCAAGCAUUUUAAACCGCGCGAAUAUUCGUAUAUUUAUCGCGUAAACUGAAAUUGCACUUUUUUUCCCUAUUGAAAUACCGUCGGCUUAGAGCAAAAUCUCAUUAACGGUGAAUUUUCAAUUUUUUUUUUUUUGCUUUUUAUUAUAUUCAACUCUAUAAUUUGUUUUAUCGCUAAAGUCGAAUAAGUACUCGAGGAAAGUCGAGUACACAUGUUUUUAAGUAUACAAAAAAAAAAUUGUCGAGUCCGGGUACUUGACUUGAGAAUUUUUCCAAAGUCGAGUAUUCUUCCAACUCCGUAAUUAUUUCGAAAGUUGUACGAGACAUCAAAAAAUGAUUUUUAUAUAAUGAAAUCCUAAACAAAAUAAACGCGUGUCAUUAUCACAUUUUGUUUCCCUCGAAAUAGUUUUUUUUCACUCCACGAACGCCGGAAAUACAUUAGCGCAAUCCGUGUUUGAUUUACGAUACAGCUAUAUCGUACACUAUGCGAUCAAUAAAAAAUAUGUUCAUACUAUAAUAGUAACCUGACCUAACCUAACCUUACAAUAAUAUUUUAAUAUAUUUUCACUUUUCAACAUAUUCGUUACAAGUACUCGUUUGUACGUAAAUUGAAAUGUUGAAAAACGCUCGUGAUAGGCACGUAUACAGAGAAGAGAGGGGUUUAGGGGUUUAGCCUUCAUCCCUGUCCUUGGAAAAACACGUCAUAUUUUAAGUAUAUUCGUAUAUAUAGUUCAAAGGGUUCAAUGUUUUUGAUUCUGAGCGAAGCGAGGAAUGUAUUGGUUUACAAUGAAGUUUUUUAUUUUUUUUUUCCUGUGGACAACUUUUCUACCUGGAAAUUUACUCCGAUUUACAAUGAUUGCAUUUUUUCUGAAAGGAAAUCUGACUGGAGUGUUACUUUAAAAAGAUCAUUUUUUUAUUUUAUUUUCCCAGCUGUUAAACGGAAAGAAAAAGGGAAAUAAGUAUAAUAUUAAACAAAUAUUAUUAAAGAAAAUGUAUAACGCAUAUGCAAUUAUUCUACUUUCGUUAACAAUUGUUAAUACAGAUAUACAUUAAACUUCCACUCUAUAACUUCCCAACUUCUCACCAAAAACAGUGGCCCGACCAUCGUGCGAAGUAUGUCCGUAUAUUUUUUUUAGUUAUGAAUCACCCCUGACUUCCUCGAACGUUUUAUCUGUGUACACGUCUGACUCGCGAUAAAUUAUAUUAAGACAUUAAUUAUAGAACGUGAAAUUAAGUUUAAAUACGACACAAUGACAUAAUGCCGUCGACAUAUAUUAGGCGUUACGUUCUAAAGAAGAUGCAAACGCAUGCUUGGCACCAUGCUCUCUGGUGCAGGUGGAAAGUCGGAAAUACGUGCAUCGGAUGAAGGGCAAAUUCAUUUAAAACCGCGCACAACGGUAAAUAAUCGGUAGAUAACGAAAAAUAAUUUUGUUCGAAGCUCGGUAACUAAAACGUUACGUGUAGUAUCGGUCGUGUUUUUUUCUUCCGAAAGACAAUUUAGAAAUCGACAAAAUAAAACUGUCGUGUAUGUUCAUUGGUUGUCAAUAAUUUUUUUUUUUUUGUAAUAAAAAUUUUUGGCAUCUAGAAGACCAUUUUCAAAUAUAAGGUACCGCCGGUGUGAAAAGUUUGGGACUUUUUUUACUACAAUCGAAAAAAAAAAAAACGUUUUGCGAAGGGAAAAAAAUACACAUCUUAGUAAAACUAAUAGCGUCAUCGCGCUACAUUCGGAGUUCGAAAAAAAAAAAGAACACAACUUCGUAAAAAAAGCAAACAUUCACUACACUAAAUAAUUAUUUUUAAUCGAUAAAAAAAAAAAAACAAUAAUAAUAACGCGUUGUUUUCAUCCUGUAAAUCACGAAAGGUUAUAGUAAUUAUUGUCGUUCACAAUUAACUUUGAUAGUAAUUUAUAGCUGCUUGUCUACAGAAUACACAAUGAUAUGAUUAUACAACGCGCGCAUUCGCGGUCGUAAUCGUGUCAAAAUAAUUUUCAAAACGGGUCGCGUUUUUUUUAUUAUUCCUAUUCACUUAACUGCGCUGAUCAAUACAGAUGAGUGUCGUUAUCGCAUAUUUUCGUUAUGAUUCAUUUUCAUAGCGGCCGAUGAACAGAACCGCGAUGUUGUUUAUUAUUUUUUUUUUUUUAAAAAAAAAAAAGAACGAAUAAAUAUAUUCUUAAUUUACGCUUACGUGUUUUUUUUUUUUGUAUCAAAAAUAAAAAACUCGAGAAACGUAAAUUUAUUACAAAAGAAACACGAUUUUCAGAUAGCCGAGCGAAGCGAAGAAGCGAUAUUAUUAUUGGUUUCACUAUGAUAAUGUGGGUGUUUUUUCUUUUUUCAUUUGGUAAAAAUGCUUCGGUUUUUUCGUAUAGUACUUAUAAACGUGCGCCUGAUUUUUCGCCCGGUGGGAUUUUUUUUUUUUUUUAAACGUUCUCGAAACUUUCCACAGUUUAACCGUAGGUUCUUUUUUUCGGUUCAGUUCGCGGGAAACUACUUCUCCGGUCACGUACGAAAGAUCUAACACAUUUUUCGCGUCGCACGUUAAAGGAUACGGCCUUUUCGCCCGGCAGCUAGGUCGGACGGGGUUUUCCGGGCUGUCUUUCUGUACAAUUCGAACACCCGACGACAGACAACGUCGAUACAAUCCGGUUUGCCGCAACGCUCACUGAACAUUACCGUCUGUUCGUCCGCGACGGUUUAUCGGCGCGCGCGCGGCCCCCCGCACGUUACGUCGCCCCGCGGCAAAUCCGAUCCUUAAUAUAUCCAGCUAAUCCGCCCCCACAACGCAACAACGGCGGCGACCUGCCCGGCGAGCCGUACCGAUUUUUCUCGGCGUUCCGCAAACACCGGAAUGGCCGGACAAAUUCGGAACGCCUGGUGCGCACCGGGAUCCCCGCGCGAGUCCCCCCGUGCCGUUGCCGGGGAACGUUGCGGACGUUCGCCGAGGGCGGUUUUUCGGGCGACGGCCGUGCCCGUUUGUUCCGCCGGAAUAUUUUAUGCGCGCACUAAUUUAGCCGUGCUCCGUUACGCGCGUGUAUACGUAAACGCGCGAGUACAUAUUAAUGUUGCGGGCGCUUACGACCGAAUUACACACACUAGCGGCGCGCGCUCGUUUCAUUACGACAACGACAACGCAAUAGCACAGUGGGUAAUGCGUUUCAGAGAUGACCCCGCGCGAUUCCGUUCGGUACGCACGCAUACGCCUACGCUGGUAGUUACGUUUUAAUCGCGUUCGCUUUUACGUUCCGCGCGUAUCUCGCGAACAAGCCUUUAUAAUUUGAUCGCACGCGUACAGUUUACAGAUCGGUUUUGGGUACAAUAAUAUAAAAUAGCGCCGCGACGCGUUCGUCGUUUCCCCGGUAAACGAUUUUUCGGUUACGGCUUAACGGCUUCGUUUUUUUUUUUUUUUUUUUUUUUUUUUUUUUCACUUUUGUUUUUUUCUACGCCGUACGACAUUUUUUUUUUUUUUAAAAGACGCGCCGGCCGCUGCUGUAUUCGAAACGUUUCGCCGCAUAGAUUCCCGAGAGUUUUCCCACCAGAAAAACAAAAAAAAAAAAGAAAAGAAAAAAGGUACUACGACAAUGACACGAUGUAUCGGUUUUAUUCGUAUUGAUUUUCGGGUCACCUUGGAUACCCGCGCGCACGAGGGAAUAAAACACGAACGGUUUUAUUAUACUCGUCGUAUUGUUACGACCUUACUAGAUUGCCGAGUUCCGCUUAGAAUCGGUUUUUGAUCCCGGCGGUUCACCGUUGAUUUCGCCGGAUCGCUCCUAUAAUAAUAUUAUUUAUGUAUAAUAUCUUUCGAACUUCUCGCCUACGACGGUAGUCUAACACAUGUUGCGAAUUAUUGUGUCCGGUUUUAUUAGUGUUAUAGUUUUUUUUUUUUCUGAUAAAAAAUAUAUAUAUGCGUAUACGUAUAUUAAAAUCAACAUUCGCUCAACGCGUGCAGUGACGUCCGAAACGUUUAUACACGCGCGGCGCCCGCAUAAAUCAUAAUACCAUUAUAAUAUUAUGCACAGUUCUACUCGGCUAUAAAAAAAAAAAAUAAAUAAAUAAAUAAAUAAAAAAUAAAAAUGAAAAAAUGAAAAACUGUUUACAAUGUUUAUUUUUUUUUAUUGAGAAUGUGACGUACACGAUGCCGCAUUUUAUGUAAUAGCGAAACAAAUGAUAGUAAAUAUAAUAUAAUAUUUAUCGAUACGCACCUUAUCUUUAUAAUAAUAUAAAGGCAUUAACCUUGUUUUAGUGAUAAAUCUAGACAUUUUUUUUCGUGUUUUUUCUUUUUUUCUUUUUUUUUUAGAGUAAACGCAUCACUUUGUCAUAAUAAUAGCACGUAAAUCUGUUCGUACAAUAUAAAAACGUAGAUAUAGAUGCUAAAUUUUUUUUGUCGGCGUUUAAACUAUCGCAACGAGACGGGGAAAGUGUCCUUGAAUUUAGCAUAGUCGAUCUAUUUAUUACUCGUUCAAUGAUACACGCCCGUUUAAACGAUAUUAUCAUUGUCGUUUAAUAGAUACGAACUUUCGACUCGAAUUUUAUAUUGUAUUAUUUUAGCGGAGUGAAGAAGCUUACGGUUUUACAAAGAUGUUUUCUUUUGUUAACUGUAAACAACUUUUUUACCAGAAAUCUUGUCCCGAUUUUUAAGUGUAACGCCUUUUCUGAAAGUGAAUCGGACUGGGGAGAUACUUUAAGGAAGUCAUUUUACGAUUUUCUCAGGAGUUUUCUCAUCGAAUGUGAAAAACCAGGAAAAACAUCAGAAAACCGUGAAAAACAUAGGAAAACUAGUAAAAUCGGUACAAUAUUAAACAUAUGAUAUUAAAGAAACUAUAUAAUGCCUAAAUUAUCGAAUCUUAUCGAAUGAUUACAAUAAAUAUACGGAUAAGACUCGUGUGCAAUAUUCCGCACCACCUUAGCUAUCGACAGACGUCAAUGAAAUAUUAUUACCAGUAUUUGACGUUAUUCGUAAAGCGUAUGAGGUUUUGCACGAGGCGCGUUUUUUUUAUAGUGGUGUCCCCGAGUAGGCCUAAUCCACUGUAUCGAUUAACCUAACCUUACCUUUAAUCCGUAAUAUUACACUCUAUGAUAGAAUUUGAUCAUCGAAUCCCGAUCCUCGUUCUUUGAAAUCAUCCGCAGCUACCAGCAGUCUUGGCUCGAAGAGUUCGCGUGCAAAUAAACCGAGAAAAAACUAUAAAGGAGAAACAAAGAUUUACGAAAAAAAAAAAAAACCACUAUUAUUAUACUGAUGAAGAAAACUUAAUAAAUUAUUCAAAAAGUUUAAAGGAAUGAUUACAAAACAAUUUAGAAAAAUAAAAAUUUAAAUACGACAAUUAAUAAAACAAACUCAUGAAACAUAAUUUACUACGGUUCGAUUAAAUACGCGUACAAUAAACAAAAUUAAUAUUAUUGCCGAUAUUGUUAGCCAGCGCGUGGUUUUGCGAUAUUUAUUAUCGUUUAAAUAAAUAAAUAAUAUUGAUCAGUAAGCAUACGUACAAUUUUUGUUACUUUGGCGUAUUUUGAUACUGAUAGUGCAACCGAUUUAUGUUUUCAGCGAGGUAAGGUAAAUACGUCAAAUAAUAUCCGUGUACAAUUGUAUGUUUUUACGAUUGAUCGAUUUUCAGAAAAUCUGAGCUUCAAACGUGCAUAAAAAUAAAAAGACGGACAUACUUCGCAUGUGGGUGCUGCCACUGUUGCAGGUGAGAAGUUGGGAAGGUAUUUCGAUAUAUAAUGUAUUUUGUACAUUUUUCCGUUUUUCAUAUUUGAUGAAAAAAUUCCUGAGAAAAUCGAAUAAUGUACUAUCCCAAGUGAAUUUCCUUUUAGAAAAGAGUCUACACCCCGUAUACAUCGGAGUUUUAGACUUCCUGGUUGAAAAAGUGUUCAUGCAAAGAAAAAAAUAAUAAUAACCAUCAUCUUUGUACAAAUUUCCGCUACACACAGAAUGUAAAAUAAAAAUAUUCUUACCUACGUGGAAUGCGAUUACAACGUGAUUAUCUAAAAACUCACUUUCGUCCGAGUUUAAGCGAGUAUUAUAAUUUCUGUUCAACAAUUGUAUACCUACGUUAAACAAAUUACGAAUUUACGAUUGGUAGAAAAACCGAUUAUUGUAAAUAUUUCCAAAUAACAGUUAGUAGUCGUGUGUUUGAUUUAGGUACAUCUCGUCGAGUCGACUGGACUCCGGAUUAUACUACUCGCUCGUGUAUACAAUGCUGUUCAAUUAUUGCACCUAACCUCGCUUAUUGCAAAUAGAGUAUAUCGGGUAAACCAAGCACGAAAAUUUAGUCGUAGAGGCCAGUUUUUUUUUUUUUUUUGAAUUUCUAGAUUCUGAACGGAAUGAGAAAUGUAUUGGUUUUACAAUGAUGUUUAUUUAUUAUCUGUGAACAACUUUUAUACCAUAUAUAAAAGUGUUAAAGGGGUUUUUUUUUUUAUUUUCCCCAGGAGUUUUCAUAAUAAAUGAGAAAAGCCGGGAAAACGUAGGAGAAACGGGCAAAUGUACGAACUGUAUUAUUUUCAAAUCAUAAAUACUGCGGUCUUUCAAAACAUGUAUAACCGAACUCCGCUCAGAAUCGUUGUUCGUUAGCAACGGUCAAUCACUGUGUACAGACAUUGUACAUUCAACUUAACCUACCCCACCCCCCUCACUACUUUCCCAACUAUCGUCAACUACAACAGUGGCCCGAAAAUCGUACUAGAUUUCAUCGUUUCAUUCAUGUAUGUAUGGUUUUAGUAUCGAAAAUAUUUUUUUGGGAGCUUUCAUUUUUCGAUUCCUACCCCACUGUUCGUAUGAUCAUAUUUCAUCAUUUUUUUUGGAAGUAGUAUAUUAUUAUAGUUUUAAUGAUGUAGUAUAAUAAUAUUAUACUACACUAAUAAUACAUACAUAAUACAUGAUACCAUAAUACACUUUUAUAUUAUAGAAGUGUAUUAUUAUUAUAUACGGUUUUUUUAUUGCUGCAAAGAAUAUGUCUAUUAUACAAAUGUGGAUUUUCUCCCAGCGGUACUUUAUAUAAAACAAAUUUCUUGAUUUCCAACAAUAAACGAUGAUGCAUCGGUUUUGUUGAUUUUUUUAAAAUUAUAUGAUAACUGCCUUUUUUCGGAAUUCUCCUAGCAAACUGCAGCUGUUAGAGGGAUGUAUAUUCUAUAAUAAUGUAGUAUAGUCAAAAGAUAUUAGGCUAUAAACAAUGUCAGAUUUUUAAUAUUUUUCUAGAAGGGAUCCUAAAAAAUCAAAUUAUUUCAGAGGUUCUUGUGUAUAUGCCACAUUUUAGAUAAUAUUUUAUUGAAAUCAUAUCGGUGUCUGGAGGAAACUACAGACUCCCUGUAUCCCACCCCCCUCGUUAAUCCACCACUGGUGCCAAGAAAUAUGUAUACAUAUUAUUAUCAUUUCGUUAUUAACUUUUAUUUAUGAAUUUUUGUUUUGUCUUAAUUUGUUUUUUUAGAAGGAAGAAACUCCCAACCCUUUACAUUACCUACGUCAACGAUUAAUUUCUGGUCAUAAUUUUUUUUUAAAAUUUAAACUAUUUUUUAUCAAAAAAAUAUUUUUCACAUUUUAAUGAUCACAUAAAAGAUACGAUUUUUUCACAAAUCAACUGACCAAUAUUUAUUUAGAGGGAAGUAAUAAGGUCGAUUUUACGGACGAAAUGUAUCUACGGGAACAGGGAUAAAUCAUUGUCAGCAUAAUAUUUUUCCAUAAUUAGUUUUUUUUUUAAAUUAAUAAACAACUUCAUCAUAAAGACUAAAUUGAAUUUCGAUUUUUCGUUCAGUUAAUGCUAUAAAAAUAUCGUCCAAAAUGAAAAAAAAAUAACUUUUUUUAAAAACGAAUUAUAAAGUUUGAGAUUAAUAUCUUGAAAAAAAGGAAUUCAAUGCCGUCUGUAGGUGAAGUCUAGUUUCCUAUUUUCGACAAAAAAAAAAAAUAAUCAUCGAAAUCAGACCCGUAAGGUAAAUUUGUAACAAAGAAUAAAAAAAAAAAAAAAGAACCGGUACUCGUUUGAUACCUACUCGAUUUAUACCUAAUUAUAAUGUUACUGUUUGGAACGAACGUGUGAACGUUAAUUCUUGUGGUGAUAAUGUUAUACCGACGAAAACCACCGAAUAGAUGACGAAUUAUAUACCGUACAGAAUAGAAUUACUAUGUGUAUGGAGGAAAAUCCAUAAUUAUUUCUUGAGAUUAUUUACUUUUUCUCCUUCUUCCACGGUUCUUAGGCCUCUGAGGAUUGUCCCAUAAUUUCGCCAAUCCUCCUCCCUUCCUUGUGCAUUCCGUUUUAUUUCGAGUUCUUUUUUUUUUUAUUAUUAUUAAAUUUCAUUGAGAUUAUACUAGCUACGAGAUGACGAGGCUAUACAUUCGCAUCAUACGUAAAAUCACUAUACGACAGUCGCAUUCGGCUCAGCUAUGCGGAUAAUAAGAAAUGCGAAAAAACCGAUAACGCACGAAUAAGUUAAAUUUUGUAAUAUAUACGAGAAUUUUGAUCGAAUCGAGGAUAGGACGUCGUCGUAGGAUCAGCUUCGUAGUUAUUUGCUCGACUGAACAUGCGACGAACAAUAAUUAUUAGAUACAUUGUGGAAAGUUUCCUCCGUCGCAAAACGACCGACGAAUAAGUAUACGCAUGCAAAUCAGAGAGUAGUGAACAUCUAUUGAUGUGUUGAAGAAGUUCAAUCGAAAAAGAAGAGCGAUCGUUUUUGCACGCAUAUACAGAAAAAGAAAAAAAAAUUCGUAUUGAAGUAUCGUUUUUAUCUCCAAACGAAUAUUAUACAAUUCGAUUUUAACGUUAUACAAUCGAAAAACACCACUUUAUACAGGCGGUUGCCUGAUUCGACUAAAUCCAUCAUACGUCAGACUUUAAAUGUCUUUAUUAAAAUGAUAGCGUCAUUAAUUUUCAUGUUACAAUGUUUAACCGAAAUCGCUUCACAACAUCGAUCGAACCAAUGGUCGGAAAAUUACAAAUUCAAAUUUCUAUGCUGAGUAUGUGUUAGACAAAAAAAAUAAUAUGCCGGCAUCCUAUUCCCUUAAGUCGGAUUUUUCGAGUGUUUUUGAGUCGUUGAAUCAAAAUUUGUUUUUUCUAAGUCUACGUUAACAUUGCCUAUACGCGACCCCUUGAACACAAUACUGACGGUUUUAUUAAUACCGUUCCUUUUAAUUAGGAAUCCGAUCGAUUCCUCGUUUCUUUAAUGUCAAAAAAAACUCGUUAUUUUCUUCGCUCCUACGAACGUAACAAAAAUAAUGGAAUCGAUUCGUUCGUUAGUUCCAUUAAAAAGAAAUCGGUUCCGGGAAUAGUUCCUCGAAGAACAACAUAGCAUAUUGAUAGGGUAUGAUAUUAUAAGACAUAAUACAAUAUUUGAAUAUACGCAUCAUAUAUUUCCAUUUCACCGGGAUCUAUCGGCAAUGUGCGGACACUCUUUAAUUUAGGCGAAUUUCCGUUGAACAUCCGACUGGAAGACUUUUAAUAGAACAGAAUAUCGCGAUAAUAAGGUUUUUAAAAACAAUACACAUAUAUUUAUAUGAAGUGUACAGGAAAAAACCCGGAAGUCAACUAUACCUAAAGGUAUAGUUUAUACGGUUUGUCUGUUACAUUUCAAUGCAGUAGUUAUUAUGCGUUUCAAACAUAAUUGAAUUUUGUUUACUACGUUCCAAAGUUCAACGUUAAACUCGAUCCGAACUUUUUACAUUAUAAAAAAGAAAAAAAAAACAAAUCGUUCUUUUUUGAAAUUAAAAACGUUGUUUUCUCGGAUUGAAAAAACAAAAUGACUUUUCUGUUGUUUUCCCUAUACCCUUCAUAUAUUUUAACGAACCGUUUUCAAUAGUAUAAAAUACAAGUAAUAACGGUGAUACGGUUUAUAAACCGUAAUAUUGGUUAUUGCGGUUAGUAAUAGUUCUCAUAACGCGCUAGGUACUCGUUAAAAAUAUUUUUCUUGUUCGUAUACAUAAUGGAACUGUUUUUUUUUUUCCUUUUUUAAUUAUGUAUUUGUAACUACUUAUUAUAUCAACAGACUACAGUUACAUUGAUACGCACGAUGUAUAUAAUAUAAUUUGUUUUUUUUAUCUCGUCGAAUUUUUCAGAUUUUAUAUCACUUAUAUAUUAUAUUAUACAUAUUUUUAAUGGUGCAGUAUUUAAUACGCGCGUAUAGCGGCAGUAAACAAUUUCGCGGAGCAUAAAAUUUAUUAUUUUCCUAUAUUAUAUACGUGGCUCUUUCCACUCCCCCCCCCCAUCGUAUUAUAUUAUAUUCUAAACUUUAAUUGCUAAUAACAAAACAAUAACAAUAAAUACUGUCGGUUGGUUUUUAAUAAUCGUCGUUAUUUAUAUAAAUAUAUCUACAGGGUGAUUCAUUAAGCGUGCCCAACCCAUUGGUAUGGUUAAAUUUCUCAUACAUUAAAAUUUUGAUUUUUGGAAUUUCUACUGCGGUUAAAGCCAAUAUUUUCGAAUACGUAGAAUUUUUCACAGAAUUCAAGGAGUAUCUCGUGUCGAUACCGACUUUGGUUUUUCAAAUGGAAAUCUACACGUUACAAAGCAAAUCGGAUGGUUUUUCUGAAAAUUUCGACGUAUUGUAAUCGAAACUUAAACGAAAAGUUUUUGAGUUAUCUUACUUCGAAAUACUAAGAAUAACACUCUAAAAAGUAUUAUUUGUGUGACGGCACGGUGAGCGGCCUUUUCAUAAUGUUCAACCAACUGCUCUCCCUCUAUUCAAACUUUAAAGUGUUAUAUACCGCCAACGGAUUGACGGAAAUUAAAAAUGCCAACACUUAAAUUUAUUUAUUCUAACACUCCGUUUAUUUAUGGCAGUUUUAAUAUAGAUUCUCAUAUGAAAAACUGAAGUAAGUAUUGACACAAAUUACUUCUGUGUGAAAAAUCUACGAAUUCGCAAAAAUCUGUUCUAAUAAAACUAUUACAAAUUUCAAAAAUCAAAAUUUGGAAAAUGCAAAAUUUAACCAAUCAAAUGAGGUGGAUCACGCUUAAUGAACAUAGAAAAAAAAUAUUUUAAUAAACUUCCAAAAAAAAUUUCCGGUAUUAUAAAAUAGAAAAUAAUAGAUAUCGGUAAAAAAAACACGCGUGAGUAUCAGAUGAAUUCCAUCACUAGGCUUAAAUUUUUCUAAAACUAUUUUUUAUUAUAGAUAACAUGUUCAUUGGAAAACAAUAAAUAACCGAAUAAUACAAUACAAUUAUUAUAAUAUUACAUAUUUUCAAGAAAAUAGUGAAACAUAACCGUAUAAAUAGUAGGAAUGGAAGUUGAAUGUUGAAACCCCUAAAAAAGCAUACCCAAGGGUAUAUACUAACUUCGUGCAAAUACAAAAUGUCAUCUCCUUGGCUUCUUUGGAGAUUAAUAUGGGAUUUGCAAAGCUAAAAAACAUCCUUCUCCCGCAACAACACGGUGAAAAUUCAUAUUGAAAUCAAUUCGACUCUCGUCAUUUAAAUCCACUUAAACUUUAUAAAACAACUCUAAUUCCCAGGAAAAAAAUAACGGUAGAAAUAUUGAUGAUGAAAUAAUUUAAUAAUAACUGAGAAAAUAUAGACAGUAGUUUGAGUGGUUAAUGUUUGGUUUUGUUCAAAUAUACAAUCAAAACGUGCCAAUGUUUACUCACGAUGAUGCGUUCAGGUCUGACGGAUUUUCUGUAUCAAAUUAUUGAUCGUAACAACAAACGAACAGUUUACCGAUGAGUUCAAUGUUUAAAAAUUAUUUUUACAUUCUCAACAUACGAGAAUAUAUUAUACAAACAGUUCGUUUUACUCGCUAUCCAGUGGCAUUGCAGUAAAGUUACAGAAUUAUGACCCUUCAUACCUUCGAAAUAUAUCUGCUAAAUACAUUUUGUAGAUUUUAAAAAGUAUACAUAAUAUCGUUGUUUGAAAAAAAAAAAAAAUAAAAAAUGUAAUGCAAUUUACUGCACCAUUUAUAAAAUAUAUAAUACAUAUCAUUUAUUUUACUUUUUUGUGGCAUUUUAAAUCUUGGUGUUUUGAGGAGGUUGUUUUUUGAAUUUCUUCGUAGUUUUCUUAAUAAUUGGCGAAAAUCGAAAUCAAAGGGAAAACGGAAAAAAAACGGGAAAGUGUGCGGCGUUAACGGUUUAAUUAUUUUAUUUUUUUUUAUAAUUCAAUUUUAAAAUUAUUUUAGAGAAUUAAAACUUUUACGAAAUACUUAUACAUAUUAUGUAGUAGAUAAGUUAAAGUAUUUUGGCAAUUUAUGUACUUUUUUUAGGCAUAUUUGAGGUUUUAGGAUUCCAUUUGAUUUUAUGUGAUGUAUACAAUUUUUAGGCUGAACAGAAAAAGUGACAAAAAAAAAGUUAAGAUUAAUGUUAUAGUUUUUUUUUUUUUUUUUUUUAUAAGCAGUUUAAGUUUAAAUUUCCAUCGUAAAAUUCACUGCAUUUCAAAAGAUGUUUAACCGAAUUUCGCUCAAAAUUGUAUUUCAUCAGUUGCCAGCAAUUAUUUAUCAUUGUAUAUAAAUAUAAAUUAUAAAACUUUAUACAUUAAAAUUGUCAGAUUUUUUCCAUCUUUUAUAAAAACUACGAGGCGAAUAAAAAAAUGACUUCCCAAUUAGAUCAAAAAUGCUACAUGAAAAUUCGUAUAAAGUUUUUGAUUGGAACGAAAAAAGUUGAAUACAAACGCCAACAGAAAAAACACAUCGUAAUAAUAAAACCAUAAUACAAUAGUCCGCGCUUCGCUCGGCAUCUAAGAAAAUAUCGAGCAUACAAGUUUAAUGGUACGUAUAGGUAUAAUCGGCGUUUGAAUAAAAUUUGAAUUCGUCCGUAAAUACGUCAAAUUAUUCUUGAAAAAAAUAAAAAACAAAAAAAAAUGUCCCGAGAUAACGGGGACGGAUGCAGCCUCUGUUGUAGGGGGGGGGGAGUUGGUAAGGUCGGAUAUAGACGGGAAUUAAAUGUAUAUCAGCGAGCAACGAUUAAUCAUUGUUAACGAAAAAUCGAUUCUGAGCGGAGUUCGGUUAAUAACGCGUUACAAAAUAACGAUGUCAUCAUAUUUUGGGAAAAUAAUUACAUUUAUGCAUUAUUAAACAUUAUCUUUGAUAAUAUUUGUUUAUUACUGUACCCGUGCACCCGGUUUUGCCAGUUUAUUGAGAAAACUCUCGGAGAAAUCAAAUACCGACCUCCUUAAAGUACCGAUAUCCCGUCCGAUUUCCCUUCAGAAAAAGUGCCGUCAUUGAAAAUCGGAUCAAUGGUAGCCGGUAGAAAAGUUAUCGGCAGAAAAAAUAUUUAAAUAAACACCGUCGUAAAACCGUAAGCUUCGGAAUCUAAAACCACCCGAAUACGAUUUUGGUACGGAAUUUACGGAAUUUUUCGUGUACUCGUAUAAUUUAGCACCUAAGGUAAGCACCUAUGAACAUGCAUGUUCGACAAACGUUUCGCGGGAACGCCUUUGUUUUCGUAUCGUGUUACAAUAUUAUCAUCAUCCGAUUUUCGGGCGCCUCGCGGUAUUAAGCGCACUGCAACGGGCCCGGGGUGUAUUUAAACUUUUCGUAAUUAAACGGUUUGACGCGAACGGCGCGCUAUUGUAUUGUAUCAUUACGGUGUAGCUGUACGCGCGUGCGCCGCCGUAUACUUAAGCUCCGUCGGGAGAAACCGUAUAUAUUUUACGCCUCGGUGAGAGGGGGGGGAGAGGGGAAGUUCGCGUAUAUAUGUAUAUAAUGCCGUUCGGUUUAUAAACCGUUUGUGGAAAUUUAUACGGUAAAAACAUGUACGCGGUAAAAUAUAUGCUCGGUUAAACCGCGCGCGUUUAUUAGGGCCGGGCUAAGCCCGGCCACAGCCCCGUUAGGCGCAUAUUUGUCAAUAGCCCGUCGUGAACACGUCUGAAUACGAUACACCCAGCGGUCGAAGUGGCGCGAAAUAAGCGGAGUGAUGCCUGAACUCGUAUACUGUUCUGAUUUCGUGGCUUGUGCACGUGGGGGCGAUUGGAGGCGGAGACGAUCUGAACCCCACGGCCCCCCGUACCUUGUUUGUAUAAUACGGUUUUAUAUGCAGUGUGCAUUUUUGUUUUUCGGCGUGGCGUUUUCUUUGUUCGUGUAUUCGAAUUUCUGUAUGUCUUUGUUUAAAACGUAAAACAUAUUUACAUAAAUAUAUAUAAUUUAUGCACACACAGCUUAUCAAUAAGGUUCUAACAGUGUGCGUUAUACCAUUAUUAAUUAUACAGCGGGUAUAAAAACAAAUAAAAAAAAAAAAAAAAACCAAACUGUUUAUACGUUAGUCAUUACUAUUGUCUUCCGUGGACUUAAUGGUUUAUUACGAUAUAAAAACACCGAUAUAAAUCGAUAACCGUUGUGUAUAAUUAUAAGAGGGACGUAUUAUUUUGGACGAAACAAGUGGAGAGACGAAAAAUGUAGAUUGUAAAAAGUGGUAUCUGUCAUCCCCUCGUAUCCCCCCAUCCACUCCGACCACUGGAUACACCUGUGUCCGCUCUGGCUGCGCACAAUUAUCUCGUAACUCGUUAAACGCGAUUUAGAUUAUUUCAAAAAUUCGAAAUUACUAUCACGUCACUAUCGAGCCGUUUCAACACGCUUGAUUUCGGAAUGCUGUUGCGUAUCACUACCCGCCUACAGAAAUAACACGGCCCCGGCCAUUGUCGAGUCCUAGGCACGUGCCUAUCUCGCCUGUACGUUAAUCCGGGCCUGCGUACGCGUGUGUGUGAGUGUGUGUGUGUGUGUGUGUGUGUGUGUGUGUGUGUGUGUGGCGGGGUGAUUUUCGAUAAAACAAUUCACUAUUAUAUUGACAAUGCAACGUAACACGAUGACGGUAUUCGUCGCCCGCGGGGUCGAUGUAGUUGGGUUUACGCGAGUGACGCGCGGCGAACAUUACAAAUAAGAGGACCGCGCGCGCGAUAUUUUCGUCGUCUCGUUUUUCGCGCGCGUGCACGCGGGUAUACGCAGCAGAUUUGCGUUCGACAGAACCGUUUUCGCAUACCGUCAGUUUCGAUAUUCGGGCGAACUUAUCGAACUGUCGUGAUAUACGGGCGGGCGUUACAAUAUUCACGCGUCGGUUUUUUUUUGCCGUUUUUCGAAUUUUUCAUAAACGAGAUUGGCAUACGUCACGAUUAUUUAAAAAACGCUUAUCUCGUUCCGAAAUUAAAAUACCGAAAGAAAAUUACCGCAUCGCUAUACUGAUAAUAAUCCUUUACGAUUUGAUAUUGGGUCGAUUCGUUCCAACAUUAAAACUAACAGCACAAAAUCGGUUCUGCCCAACGCUAAUCGGUAUUUCGUUGUCAUACGAAAAAUUCACGAAUAAUGUAAUCAAAUCGUUUCAAUACAAUCACGUGUUUAUUAAAUAUUUAGAAGACCGUUCGUUACGUUUUAUUAUACGGUUUUUAGAAUUUCACAUACAUGUCGCAAUUUGAUAAGAUAUAGAGUAUUACAUUACAUUACAGAGUUAUAUUUUCUAGUUUAUAAUAAUGUGCGAUGCAUACGGAAAGCGACGAUGAAUCGUUGCGAAAUAAUGACGACUGGUAAAAAAACUAUGGCCCCCCUUCAAAGAAAAACGUCCAAAAUUCAAGCGUGAACCUCGAAUUGAAAUUUGAAAAUCCGAAUCCGAGAGCUUUGGUUUUCACACUCACCAUCCGUAGACCCAUGCGGGUUCGAUAUUUCAGAUCUCUACGCGGUAAACACGAUUCCGUCUAAAACCGUUUGUUUGUUAACAGUUGUUUUUGAUGUUUUUUUUUAAUUUUUUCGAAAUAAAACAAUACCGUAUUGAUAAAACUAAUCCGAUAUAACACAUAGUUCCUUCGCUACACUCAAAAUCUAUAUUAUUGUGUAACCCAUAUGUGAUAAUAAUAAUCAGUUUUUUAAUAAUAGUAAUUUUUAUUAUUAAAAUUCGUAGUAUAAUUCGUAGUCUAAUGUCUCAUGAAUCCGUUUAAAAAUAUGCCGUUCGAUAACAGUUUUUGAUUUCGCAUUUGUCGGAUAUUUUUACAUCUGCUGCCAUUGUAGUGCUCGCUAUAGAGAAUUUUCGGGUAGCAGUCGCUUACCCAGAAUUUCGGGUGGUGGAUUGGAGCCGAUGCUAAUUUGGUGAAAUUUGGCGUGCGGGCGGGCGGUCCAAUCACCUUAACGCUCCAAUUCGAUGUCGAGUGUGCUCUAUUGACGUGUGCAGCCGCGGUAUAAACUCGUGACUUUUGAAUGUCUGAUAAUAUUGUCAUCACAAAUACGCGCUGAUGGCGACUGGAUCAAAAAUAUUAAUAAUAAUAAUAAUAAUAAUAUUAUAUAAUAUUAUCAACGACUCGCGCUGGAAGAAAUUAAUUCGCACGAUGAUUGAUGACGCUGACGCUGACGUCAAAUUAACUUCUAUAUACCUUAAAUAAGUACAUUAUAAUUGGGUUUACUGAAAAAAAAAAAAAAAAAAAGGUGAAAACAAAUAUUAUCAGUACCUACAACUUCGAAUUUUAUAAAAUAUUUUUCGUUUUUAUUUGACGAUUAAUGAUCGUUUUUUAAACAUAUAGGUAGGUACCUAUGUACGAAAACAAUAUGAUUGAUUAUAUUAGAUAGGUAUACCUAUACGUAAAUGAAUCGAUUUUCCACGGAAAAUAAUUCGAACUUCCAAACGCGAAUAUUUAUAGUUUUUCCAUAUCGCACGUGCGCAUGGUUUAUAAAACAUAACGUCCCGCGACACCUACGUAUGUAAAAUGAAAAAAUACUUUUCAAAUUUAUUUUACCGUAUUAAUAACAAUAAUAAUAAUAAUAGAGUAAAAUACUUAAUUUUUUUUUUUUUUUACACAAUUUUUAUACCUAAAUGCCCGUCAUAGUGGGAACCUAACAUUAUUGCCAUUAGUAGUAUAGCCUAGCGACUGUGAUUAAUUGUAAAAAUCUUAAACACAGAACUAUAUAAAAAUUUCAAUAAAAUAUGUCGCCAAUCAUGUAUUUCGUCAGUUGUUUUUCUUUUCACAAUCACCAAUCAAAAUUAAGGCGACAACUUUGAAUGAUUUAGUAUACGAAAACGAUAAAAUACCAUUCAAUGAUCCGAAAUUUUAUUGUUGUUUUCAAUUACAUUAUCGUCAGUCCAUAAUAAAACGUUCAAUUAUUACGUCGUGAAUCGCGAUCGUAGACAUUAUAUAAAACAACUGUGUUAUGUAUGCGACAGUCGAUUUUAUGAGUUAAUGGGACGGCUUGGCGCCCAUUAUACCUACACCGAAUUUUAUUGAUUUACCCGUGACACGUUUAUUCAUGCCGUGAGUUGUGCGAUUAACUCAUGAAAUAUUGUCCCUGUCGAGUCAAUACCUAUGCAACAAUACCUCGCAGGCGCGUAUACACGAAAAACGAUUUCGGGAGGCGGUUUUCGGGUGGAGAUUAAAAAAAUAAACAAAUUGAACACUUUGAGCUUUGUAGAAUUCAUGCGGCGCGUUUUUAAACAUUUCGGGGUGGUGGCGGGGUUGAACCCCUAAACUACCUUCCCCGUUUCGCGGUUCGCUUUAUAUACCGUCAUUUAUUACCGUACAGUUUAUCGCACGAAUAAAUAAUAAUCCUAACCGAUACGAUUUGCCAUCUUAUAGUGUAAUACGGCCGUCAAACUUCGUUUUUAUCUCUUUGACGGUUCUUCGAUACACAUAUAUGUUUGAUAAAUUUAUUUGCUUGUUUAGCAGUACCUAUUCGGUUAUUGUUAUAAUAUUACGGACGAAACCAUUUGGCUGAAUAAUAUAACGCUAUACGGAGAAAAGCAAAUAGAAAAGAAGAAGAAACGAUAAAAACCAUAAAUCGCACGCUAUACAACUAUAAACAAGAUAUACAGUUCAAUAAUAAGGCGUCUCGGUGUAUACAUCUCGGGAAUUAAAGGAAGCUUCUCCCAAUUUAAAUUUUGCAAAGCGUGUUUUAGCCAUACUGUUAAUUUUGAUACGAAUUAUGAAUUGGAGAUUUUCUAAUAGCCAUGACAAUGUUUACAUUAAUUUUGCAUUGAAAGGAGUCGCAAUUAUUAUUUAUAAACAAGCCGAGGAAAAUGAGUUUAAAAACAUCUCGAGUGUACAGACAGAUGUUUAAAAAAAAUAAAUAUUCUACACCAAUAUUUUUCAACUGCAUCAACUACAAUAACUGCAGCUUUUUAAAUAUAUGCCUGCAUAUUGUCAUUUCGUCUUGUUCUACAAUCUAUUUUAAUCAAAUCGGUUUCCUCUCUUUUUUCCACGUCGUGUAAAUCUCCAUUGAUUUUAUAUUCAGUCGGAGUAUUAUUUUUUCGGCGUUGUUGUUGUUUUAUUGCCCGAUAAUGAUUUUUCAAAUCUAAACCGGUCGUAUUUACACACAGCUAUAAUAAUCCAGGCUUUGUUACGUUCCUUUUCUGUUUUUAUUUAUUUAUUUGUUUCGCAUCUAUAAAUAAUGUAUAUUUUUUAAUUUACUUUAUUUAUUUAUAUAUUUUUUUAUUUGGUAUAUUUAUAAUGUAUGUAUUUUACAAAGUAAAUGUAAAAAAAAAGAAUAAAAUAAAUAUCGACGAGAGUUUAAAUAAAGAUUAUAUUGUUUGUAUUUAAAUUUUUCAGGGAACUAAGUGGGUCACGUUUGGUCAGAUGUUACGGUAAUUUGUAUUCGCAAGCUCGCGUCGAAGCGCUCGAAAAAUUGGACACGUUGCCACAGCUCGCUGACGCCACAGAGCUAAAAUCGAAAAUCCUUUUUUCCGUCGUCGUCGUGAGUAUAAUGUUUAUAUGUAUAUCAUACAUAUAAAUGUAUAUGUAUAUGUAUAUGUAUGUAUACAUACGAGUGAUGUACAAAUAAUAUUAUGAUUUAAUCCCUACUAAUGGUUUCAAUCUUAUUAUUAUUAUUAUUAUUUUUUUUUUUUUUUUUAUCACUAGUUGGCGUUCAGAUCGACACAGGCCAUGUUGAGCCAGAAAAAAGAACAAGUAAAAAGAUUGUUGUUCUAUCCGACGCCGUCCGGAUCGGCGCACGUCGAACUCGAAGCUUCCAUCUGUUCCUAUUUGCGAAGGACGGUCGACACUUUCGAUUUAACCCAAUGCAUCGAGGUAAACACGCUCGUCUUUCGACAUUUAUAUAUUACGAGUAUUACCUACUUUACGAGUGUAUACUUAUACGUAAUCAUAUAAAACACAUGUAUUUUUUUUUUUUUAUAAUCAGUGAAAACUAUCUCUGUAAAAAUAUGGCUGAUUAUACUCGUAUAAAAAAAAAAAAAACACGGGGUUUUCACUUUAGUCACAUAUAAUCGUAACCUUUUUUUUAUGUCCGUAAUGAAAUUCUGAAUGAUGCAUAUCAGUAUCAUUUUGGGUACACCUAGCUUAAUCCGAAUUUUCGGUAAAAAGAAAAAUCAGCUUGUUUUUACACAUUAUAAUCGCACAAGCCGUGUAUAGUAACAGUGACUUCAUUACAAAAUCACAUUUUUAUAAAACACCACGUGUUAGACUAAGGGACGUGAUAUUCGCAUUUGCUGUAUCCGUCUUGAGAAUUGACCAGUUUAUUCUAAUAUUCAAACUGCUGAACCCAAAUUUAUUACUUUUGUGAGACGCGGACACCCACAAUAUGCGGGUAUCGUAUCCUCUAAAUAUUACAUUUUCGAAGUAUUAUUGCGUUUUACUGUAUUUAUUGCAAUAUUCCAAAGUGUACGUUCGUUAUUGGAGAAUGUUUUCCAUAUAUUGAGUGACCAUAUAUUUCGAGUAUUGAUAUUAAUAAAUUGUUAAUAUUUGUGUACAUUUUUUCUCGUUUCAGGAGGUAAGUUCUCAACUGUGGGCCACGUUAUACGAUUAUCCGUGUCUAAAAUCGUGUGCUGGACUUCAUCAAUACAUAUGUGACGCCGUGCGUUUAGCCUGGGCGCUAGUAAAUCAGGUGAAUAUUAUUUUUGACUAUUUGCGUAUUGAUGUAUUUUUGUCGACCGAAACGGAUGUCAUUAUUGAAAAUAAUAGACAUUUUGUCAAACACGUAUGAUGGGAUAUGUAAUUACUAAUUUGUCGGUACAUCUUCUUCGACUUGGUUCUGGCCCUCCAGACCAUGCAUCAGACCCGGAUUGAGAAGGUGAAUUAUCAAGAAAAUCUCGGUGGGCCGCCAAAAAUGAAGGCCGCUUAUGAAAAGUUAGGUUUUAAAUAUAAAUAAAGUAUUAACAAAACGAAUGAGUAGAAAAUAUAAAUGAAAUUAAUUACUAAACUAUGCAAUAGUUAUAGUCAAACGUUAGACAUAUUUUUUUUAUCCAAUUUUUUUUCUAGUAAAUAAAGGAUAGUGGCAGGGCAAAUAUAAAAUGUUUCUAGUAAAUUGGAACGGCGGCCUAAUAAGGAUCAUUUCAUAUUAAACAUCACGGUGCGCCGCUUCGACUCAAUUCGGUCAUAAUCGUGCCACUACAAAUACGAAUAAACUGCCAACCCUAGCUGCUGCAGUUCUCUGCAACUCCUUUCUGUUGAGUUUCCGGUUCCGUUGUCUUAACUCACUCUGCUUCCUAACACGAUCUUCUCACUCGGCUUAACCUCGGUCUCUCUGGAGUCUUUUCUCUAUAGGGUCUUUCUCGAUCAUUCGCUCAACUAGGUAUAGAAUAGUCUAUGUUUACGUCGUGCAUCAUGGCCCGCUCACGUCAGUUUUCCCUUAUCGGUUCCUUUCUGACCCAGCUAUAUAUCGAACACCGGACAUUCGGAACAGAAUUUUAUGUUUACCGUUAUUGUUAAAAUAUAAUAAAAUGAACACUUUACUUCGGUUCAGGUAAAGGUCUUAUUUGACUCUACAAGGUACAACAUAAUAUGCGACAUAAUACAUCAUAGUAAUUGAGGCACGCGCGGUAAAUGCCGGUCGGACACCGAACACCCGCUGUCCCGUGGUACAGACGGCAGCUCGUCCUCCCGCCAAACCUACCCGAUACUACCAAUCUAUCAAUUAAAUAAAAGUUAACAUUGUAUUGCACGAUCCCUUUGAACAUUGGUGUACGUGUAUACAUUUUUCCUGAGAACAUUUCUCUGGUAAACCCGAUUGAACCCGACUUCUCUCUGCGGCGGUCACGUUUCGCAGAUAAACCACGCAAAACAAUAAUAUUUUGAAAUUGAAUCGAUACAUAAUAUAUUAUACAACCGUUUUUUUAUUUCUUUUUCAUAACAGUCGCCCAGUUACGUAUUGGAAUACGAACAGCGAACGUUCAAGCGGGACUUGCACGUGCGUUAUCAUUCCUCGGACCUGGAAAGCACCCAAGUGCGGACGUACUUGUGGCCGGCUCUGCUCGAAGGAUCGGCCGGACCGUGUGUACACAAAGCGGUGGUGCUCACUUAGAUUUUUCACUGCCGGAAAAAUGUUAUUGAAUCGCAGUGUACUUAUUAUUAUCGUAAACAAUAUGUCUAUCGGAUAUUUAUGUACGCACUGUUUAAAAGCGCGCGUAUCUACGUGCGUUAUAAUAUAAUAAUGUUUAUAAUUUGUUUCAAUUAUACUGUACAAUAUGAACACAAAGUAUAUUAACGAUUACAAUUAUUGUUGUACACGCGUAUUUUCAUUUGGACGAAAAUUAUAAUUUUUGUUUUUUUUUUUUGUAUGCGAUAUAUCGCAACGAUAUAUUUACGACUGAAUACCAAUUUAGAAUUUAAAAUUAUAAUGUUCAAUAAUAUAAUGUUCGAACGUUAUUAAAUGUGGCAUAUUCAAUAAUAUAUAUCAUAGUAUUAUACGUAGGUAUAGUUGUUAAGUGCAAUCCCAACGUUUUCUAGUACGCAGCUUAAGGUUAUACUCGUAAGUACAAAAUUUAAAUUUAAGUACAAUAAUCUUAAAUUAUUUUUAUUCACCUCGUAUACUUUUAUAAUAUUAUUUUAUACGUUUAAAUUAUUAUUAUUAUUAUUAUUCUAAAUGACAAUUUAUUGCUCAUUUUAUUACAAUGUUUAUUAUAUAAUAUGAUAAUUAAAUUAUAUAUAGAAAUAAGCGGUUUAUGCAUGUAUUUAUAAUUUAUUUCCAUACAUACGCGUAAAUAACUUUUGUGCGUUUGAGUAUACACACCGUGAACUUUAAAUCGUUAGAAUUUAAUAUAAUAUAAGCCGUAAGUACGAAUAACGCUAAAAGUUAUAAUUAUUACAAACUCGUUAUCAUAAUUCAUAAUAUAUUACGGUAGUUUAUUAUAUUUAAUCAAAUGGUGUAUAAACGUUAUUUUAAGUUUUAUACUUUUAUACAUUUUUUUUUCCCCCCCUCACUGUUUGUUUUGUUUAAAAACGUAUAAAAUAUGUGUGAC